AUGUCCAAUAAUGGCCUAGAAGCAGAAGACAAGCCCCCAGCUCCUCCAAUGAGGAACACCAGCACGAUGAUAGGCAGCGGGAGCAAAGAGGCGGGACCCUUGAACCACGGCUCCAAACCUUUGCCUCCUAAUCCAGAAGAGAAGAAGAAGAGGGACCGCUUUUACCGUUCCAUCUUACCGGGAGACAAAAGUACGCUGGCUUCAUUUUUGUCUUUUGCUCACUCAUUGAUUUCAUUUGAGAAUUGCUCCCUGUGAAACCGCUGCUCUUCCAAGAGGAUGUUUUUAAGCAGAGGUUGGGUGACUGCGAUUCCCUGCAUUGCCGGGUGUUGGACUAGAGACCUUUGGGUUCCCCUCCAACCCCACCUUUCUAGGAUUCUGUGUUUCUAGAGUCUCGGAAUCAUGUCGCAGAAUUGCAGAAUUGGAAGGGAGUCCAGGGAUCAUCUAGUCUAGGCAUGUCCAACAGGUAGAUAGCGAUCUACUAGUAGAUCGCCGGGUGUUCCUGGUACAUCCUGGUUGAUCUCUGGCCCCACAGCGAUCUUCUUACAAAAAAGCAACUCCCCCAACUUUGGCUUACUAAAAAAAAGCUCAACAUCUUUGGCUUACUAAAAAAAGCUCCACAACUUUGGCUAGAUAUCUGAAGGAGCGUCUCCACCCCCAUCGUUCAGCCCAGACACUGAGGUCCAGGGCCGAGGGCCUUCUGGCGGUUCCCUCGCUGUGAGAAGCCAAGUUACGGGGAACCAGGCAGAGGGCCUUCUCAGUGGUGGCACCCGCCCCUGUGGAACGCCCUCCCACCAGAUGUCAAAGAGAAAACCAACUACCAGACUUUUAGAAGACAUCUGAAGGCAGCCCUGUUUAGGGAAGCUUUUAAUGUUUGAUGCAUUACUGUAUUUUAAUAUUUUGUUGGAAGCAGCCCAGAGUGGCUGGGGAAGCCCAGCCAGAUGGGCGGGGUAUAAAUAAUUAAAUAAUUAUUAAUAAUACUAAUGGUUAGAUCAAUGCCAGUUUUUUUAUACUGUGAUUAGAUCGCAGUCUAUUGGGAGUUGGCUGUCCCUGAUCUAGUCCAAUGUUGGACUAGUCCAAGAAAUGGAAUUGCUUGGUUUCAUUGACACGAGCCCUUCGGAUCAUUUGACGGAGCCCUGUCUCAUGGCACCUCUGUUGCCCCUUGCCAUCCUGGUUUCGCACCCUUCUUUUUCUGGCAGGGCUCUUUCUGCGACAGGCCAAAGCUCAACAGGUGAAGCUUCGACACCGCUGCAUCUCUAUGCUGGGAAAUGCCUAACCUGUUGAAUGUCUGCCAGCCACAUUGCCGUUUAAAAAGCAAACUCUUCUAACGGCAGGAGAUGUGGCUUCGGCAAGUCAGAUCAGGAAAACAUCUCAUUGCUGUUUCUUCAGUCGUGAAGAAAUCAAACAAACCCUCUGCAUAUUUUUAGCAGCAAGUCAAGAUUGUUUACUCUUGGGUUUAAGUUGCAAUCUUGAGCUAGAAUUCUAAUUGAGGCUAGAAUCCUCAAGACACGUCCUUGGGUGCAAUUUUUAUUUUAAAGCGAGAGAACUUGCGGCUCAAGUAAAUAUGUUUGGAGCCGACAUAUUUACUCAGACAUAAGCAGCGACUUUGAGAGAGGCCAGAAAGGGAGAUGUGGACAUCAAUAAAGUCUUUCCGAAGGAAUUGCUUCCCGUGAGGCACCCCCAAAGUGAUUUUCGAUAUAUGUAUAAAACAGUUAAAUAUAUAACAUCUUGCUUAUUGGAAAACAAUUAAAAAAAAUAGAUAUUUUUUUUUUAAAAAGCAACCGCACGGACACAAAAUCAGUAUUCAGUCGUACCUUGGAAGUCAAACAGCUUAGUUCCCGAACGUUUUGGCUCCUGAACAUUGCAAACCCGGAAGGGACUGUUCCGGUUUGUGAACUAUUUUUGGAAGCUGAAGUCUGAUGGGGCUUCUGCGGCUUCCGAUUGGCUGCAAGAGCUUCCUGCAGCCAAUCAGAAGCUGUGCUUUGGUUUCUGAACGUUUUGGAAGUCGAAUGGAUUCCGUUCAGCUUCCAAGAUGCGACUGUAGUUCCAAGUUAGAUGCCAACGGGGAUAAGGGUUUUAGAAGGCUUGUUGAAAGAGGAAUACCUUUAACAGGGGCUGAAAAGCUGAUAGAGAAGGCACCCCCUCUGAUACUAAUAGGAGAGAGAUCCUAUUGGUAGAGGAACCAUCAUAUUACAAGGCCCAAUUCUGACAUCAUGAGGAUCAGACCUUCCUGAUAGAAUGGUAGCCGUGGAGUGCACUCCUGCAAAACACAGCAAUUGGUUGGAUAUGUGGGAAUAUUUUGCCCCUCCCAAGCUAUGUAGGGCUUCGUACAUUGAAACCAUACCUUGUACAGUGGUGCCUCGCAAGACGAAAUUACUUCAUUCCGCGAAUUUUUUCGUCUGGCGAAUUUUUCGUCUUGCGAAGCACGGUUUCCCAUAGGAAUGCAUUGAAAAUCAAUUAAUGCGUUCCUAUGGUCAAAAAAAGUCCAAACAAAGCCAAAUUUGGUACAACAAGAGUUUAUUAAGUGCUCUUUAAAGUCACACAUGCUGUAAAGAGCAUUUCAAAAUUCAAACCCAGAAUUUUUUUUAAAAAACAGCAGAGUUGCCCAAUGGUCACAGAAAAUCAUAAAAAUGCAGGGGAAAAAACACAAGCUUCCAGAUUCUUGCAAACCCCUCCCCAACUGUUCCCCCAGCCACCCAGCACACAGAAAUUCAAAUCCAGAAAUUUUUUUAAAAAACAGCAGAGUGGCCCAAUGGUCACAGAAAAUCAUAAAAAUGCAGAAAGAAACACACAAGCUUCCAGAUUCUUGCAAACCCCUCCCCAACACCAAGUCCUUGAAUUCCAAACACCCCAACCCAAAAUCCAAACCCCCAAAAAGUUUUAAAAGCUUAACUUACCAAAUGGCUGCAAAAGAAGUUUUGGAAAAGCUUCAAAAAUCACCAAAGUCUUUAAAAACCUCAAAAAAGGCUACUAUGUACACUGCGUUCUAUGAGUUGCUCCUCGAAGUCAAGUCGCAACUGUAUUAAUGGUGUUAAGAAAAAGGAAACAAACUUGCAAGACGUUUUCGUCUUGCGAAGCAAGCCCAUAGGGAAAUUCGUCUUGCUAAGCACCUCAAAAAACGGAAAACCCUUUCAUCUAGCGAGUUUUCCGUCUUGCGAGGCAUUCGUCUUGCGGGGCACCACUGUAUAGUAUUUCCUUACUAUUUCUUUAUUAAAUUAAUAUGCUGCCCUUUAUCCGAGGAUCACGGUGCGGUUCACAGUAUAAAAAUGCAGAAAUACAUAACAAUCAAAAUGAUACUCCUCUCCCCACACAUUUAAAAGGCAAUAGAUUAUUUAACUAGCCCAAGCCCCGGAGAAGAGAAAUAUUUUUGCCCGGCACCCAAAGUUAUAUAAUGAUGGCGCCUGUGGUUGCCAACCUCCGGACCUUUCCUGGAGGAGGCACACAAAGAAGGGCCACAGAUGAUGGUCGCAGGGGCCGGGUCGGUUCAUAUGGGGAGAGACGGUCCUUGAGGUAUUUUGGUCCUGAGCCGUUUAAGGAUUUAUAGGUCAAAACCAGCACUUUGAAUCACGUCCGGAAACCAAUUGGCUGCCAGUUUAGUCGAGCCAUGAUUGGUGCUCAACCGUCUUGUCCCAGUGAGUGGCCUGGCGGCCGAAUUUUGCACCAGACUGUCUUCAGGGGCCGCCCCAAGUAUAAUGCAUUGCAGUAGUCUAACCAAGAGGUUAAGGGACGUGGGUGGCGCUGUGGGUUAAACCACAGAGCCUAGGACUUGCCGACCAGAAGGUCAGUGGUUCAAAUCCCUGCGACGGGGUGAGCUCCCGUUGCUCGGUCCCUGCUCCUACCAACCUAGCAGUUCGAAAGCACACCAGGGCAAGUAGAUCAUUAGGUACCACUCCAGCGGGAAGGUAAACGCCAUUUCCGUGUGCUGCUCUGGUUUGCCAGAAGCGGCUUGGUCAUGCUGGUCACAUGACCCGGAAGCUGUACGCCGGCUCCCUUGGCCAAUGAAGCAAGAUGAGCGCCACAACCCCAGAGUCGGCCACGACUGGAUCUAAUGGUCAAGGGUCCCUUUACCUUUACUGUAACCAAGAGGUUGCCAGAGCAUAGACAGCAGUAGUUAGACUAUCCCUGUCCAAAUAGGGGCACAGCUGGGCCCAAGCGGCAGCCGAGGGUCCAGAAGUACCCCUAAACCACGUACCCCCUCCUCCAGAGGGAGUGUAAUCUAGCCCAGCUUGGCCCCUGGCCCACAAAUAUUGAGUGGGCUGAAGGACCUUUGGCCCCCUAUAUUUGGCGUCCCAGCAUGCCAUGAUCUUCUGCACAACAACCUGGUGGAAGUCAGUGGUUUUUGGCUAACCUUCUACCAGUUUGGGGAAAGAUUAACCCGUUAGAGAAGGGAGAGGCCCGCUUUUAAGAAUCCUGGUUGUAAAAGUUUUAAAGUUCUGGCCUUGCUUUUAAAGACCCCUUCGAAAAAUCCCACAAACGCUAUCAAAAGGGAUUAGAUUGCAAAUCCGGGUUCAGCGGGCCUUAAAAUUGCUAAUCCCCGUAAGCUCCUGCCUCACGCUGCUCUGUACAGUGUUUUGGCAUUGCGGGGGGGGGGGGGGGGGGAGAGAAAAAAAAGGAAAAAAAGAUUAUAGCGUUAAUAUUUUAAUGCGUUGAGACUCAGACCGCCAAAGCUCUUUGGAUUUUGGACGGCGAAAACCAUCUGUUGCUUGUAUGCUCUUGUAAUCCGCCCCCAUCCCAUAACAACGUACGGGCCUGUGGUAUUUAACAGGGUUUGAAGGUAAUUAAUGUAGUUCUCCGUAGCUGCAGUCGUGUGUUUUGCUUUUAAACUGCUUAUGCAAGGACACAGAAAGCGUUAAUGGCAUUAGCAGAGGACCUUCCACGCUGGGCUAAUUUAGGGGGGCUCUCUAAAGUGGGCAGCCGAGUGCCCCUGGUUAGCGUGGGUUUCUGCAUUUUAACAGCUUUAGGAUAGCGUUAAAAUACCAUGUGAAAAUUAAGAGCUAACUCCGAAAGGUUCUUAAAAAAAUUGUGUUCUAAUAUUCAUGUUUUUUACUGAAAGAAUUACCAUUUAAAAGAAAUAAAGUGGUACGAAGAAAAAAAGGGAGGAAAUGGGGGGGGGGAGAGAACAAAGAUAUGUAAAAGAAAGGGGGGUGGGAAUCUUUAAAAAUGCAAUGUAAUAUACUCCCUUAAUACUUUCUUACAUAAAUUGAUACAGUGUUAUUAUCUUAAUGCAUAUAUAAACGUUAAUAGCCUACGACAUUCCAAAUGUUAUCAUAUUUAUCCAAACAAAGUAUAUCUGUAAGCAGACUGUUCAUAAGUUGCAAGUGUUGUCUUGGAAAACCCAGCCAGAUGGGUGGGGUAUAAAUAAAUUAUUAUUAUUAUUAUUAUUGAUUCAAGGCUUUCAUAUUCUUCCAAUUCAUCAAUAUCACUCUUAAUAAAAAUAAAAAUAAAUUUUAUUUAUACCCCGCCCUCCCCAGCCAAGACCUGGCUCAGGGCAGCUAACACCAGGUAAAAACAAUUGAUUAAAAUACAACUUAAAAACAAGAUUAAGUACAACAUUAAAAUGCAGCCUCAUUUUAGUAGACACUCAAAUCAAAAACUUUUUGGGGAUGAAAACGUCAAAUCUUCACCAAGGCCAACUAUCCAGACUGGUCCUACGUGGGCCAGAAGAAAAACCAGGGAAGUCCACAUCACAGAAGGAGAAAGGAAAAGGGUCACCAUUAGGGCACGUAGAAUUUUUGGUGUCCUCUUGUUAAUUUCCAUACUGCAGGUAUAUAGUUCGAAAGAAUAUUCUCUGCUGAGAGAUUUAACUUUUUCUGCACAGUCAGAGUUAUACAGUUCAGCACUUCCUCCUAAAACUUGUUAAGUAUAUAACUCUAAAAUGUUAUUGUGAGUUUCCUUCCUCUUCCCUAGCUGCCUCCAUGCUUAACAGCUGCAAGAGCAACCUUUCCAUAUACUUGGGUUUCUAGCUGAGGAAGAGCCAUAUCAGUUGAAUUUCUGCCUGCCCACAAAACUUCGGGGAUUUUUUAAAAAAAUCAGUCUCAGCCCUACCCUCUUGUUUAGGAGACCGUAGUAGCUAUUAAGCUCACUAAGGCCCCGUCUGCACUAUGCAUUGAAAGGACUUCAUUAGCACUUUCGACAGUCACGGUUUCCCCCCAAAGCAUCCUGGGAACCGUAGUUUGCUAAGUGCAAGGGCUCUUGAGGUUUAGCAGGUCCGUGUGGGUACAGUCAAAUAACCUGCUCCCAAGCUGCUUAGGGCAGGAAUAGGGAACCUGCUGCCCUGAAGAUGUUGCAGGACCCAACUUCCAUCGUCGCCAGCCAGGCUCCAGUCCAAGGAUUAUGGGAGUUGUAGUUCAGCAGCCUGCAGGUGAUCGUCAACAUGAGCUCUCUGGUCUGUGCUGAGAAAGACCUGGGAGUGGGGGCUUAUUCCAUCUUGUGCGCCAAUCCUCUUAUCAAUAUGGCAGCUUCUUUCCCCAUGGCUCAGAGCUUUCCAGACCAGGGUGGAUUUGAUUUAAAUCACUAGUCAGUAAGACUUGAUUUGAAGCAAGUAUAAAACUGUCUUGUCUGUCUAUAUAAAUCGAUAGUAACAGUGCUGGCUAACGUAGUUCCUUCCCUUUUGGGGAUGGUUUUUUUCUUCCCCUUCAAAUAGCCAACAAGAAGAAGGAGAAAGAGCGCCCUGAGAUCUCCCUGCCUUCCGACUUUGAGCACACGAUUCACGUUGGGUUUGAUGCUGUCACAGGCGAAUUCACAGUAAGGAGAAUGGGGGACAGCCGGGGUGAGGGGUGGCAGCGAGAGAUAUGAAUGGAAAUGGUGGACGGUUCUUACCUGUUGUGCUGAUGGAUAUAAAUUGCAGGCCAUCGGUGAUCUAUUUAGUAACUGAUGGUUGGGGUAUUUAUUUUCUCUCUACCCAGCGAUUCAUUCAUGGGCCUCACCGUGGUGUCUUGCCCUCGCUCUUUUAUCCUCAAAACAACCCUGCGUUUUAGGGCUGGGCGAUACCUGGUUUUCAGCACUGCAAUAUUAUCAUCGGCAAUAUACUGAUAACAUCACGAUGUCCUAAAUAAGAAUGGAGCUUUGUAGAGGCAUUGGCUGAUUUUUGCAUAGCAUGCACACAGAGCGUGAUUCGCGAUACAGUGGUACCUCGGGUUAAGUACUUAAUUCGUUCUGGAGGUCCGUACUUAACCUGAAACUGUUCUUAACCUGAAGCACCACUUUAGCUAAUGGGGCCGCCGAAGCACGAUUUCUGUUCUCAUCCUGAAGCAAAGUUCUUAACGUGAAGCACUAUUUCGGGGUUAGCGGAGUCUGUAACCUGAAGCGUAUGUAACCCGAGGUAUCACUGUAUAUUGCCAGGUCAAAAAUUGCAUGUUCAGACCCAGAAACCUCCCCCCUAAAUAAUUUCACAUUUGACUCUCACAUUUGACUCUUUUGGUUUUUGGCAGAAUUUAGGCCAUAACUUUAUUGAUUACAGAAAGUGACUGGUUGCAUAGGCUCUGGUUCGACUAGCUCCCUGCCAUGCAGGUAGCGCUGACCCAGGGUUCUGGCAUAGGUCAGCCAAGGGUGAACACCUGGAUAAGCGGAAAGCCGGGAACAGGCUAUCUCCGCCACCCAAAUGGCCCCCUGGACUCAGGCAUGGGCACAACCCCCUCUCAGGGGUUGACCAAACCAUCGAGUCCCUGGAUUCCUUUAACGGAAUACCCUUCACAUAGGGAUGGCGAGAGCCUUCUCCCAUCCCUAUCACCCGAACCAGAGCCUAUCCGCAACCUUACAAGUUGUGACGAUUUGCUACGCGGCAGGCGAAACCCAAAAGGCAACAGCCCAUCAGCCAAGUGGGGGAAAUUCCUGCCGUGCCCCUGUCCCAAUGACAGACAACACACAACAGCAUAGCAAGGUCAAGCGCAAAGGCCUAGAAGGAGGGAGAGGUGGGUGGGUGUUCCGAAUGCACGCUCUGAAAGAGGAAGCUCUGGGUCACGUGCAUGAGCAUAAAUAGGUCCCUUGAACCGUUUGGACUGCGUCCCAUUGGCCAGAUUGCACCCAGCUACGAGGGACCUGGGACGCAGGUGGCGUUGUGGGUUAAACCACAGAGCCUAGGACUUGCCAAUCAGAAGGUUGGCGGUUCGAAUCCCUGCAACGGGGUGAGCUCCCAUUGCUCGGUCCCUGCUCCUGCCAACCUAGCAGUUCGAAAGUGCAAGUAGAUCAAUAGGUACCACUCCGGCGGGAAGGUAAACGGCGUUUCCGUGCGCUGCUCUGGUUCGCCAGAAGCGGCUUAAUCAUGCUGGCCACCAGCUGUACGCCAGCUCCCUCUGCCAAUAAAGCGAGAUGAGCGCCACAACCCCAGAGUCGGCCAUGACUGGACCUAAUGGUCAGGGGUCCCUUUACCUUUACCUUCUAUGAGGUACCUACCAGUCGGUGUUGUGGCUGAUCAAUCGUACCCACCCACAACACAGGGUGUCGGUUAUCCAGGUCUCACCACAACACGUGCCCUCUUUAAGGGAGGACCCAAUUUAUGGAACCGACAUCACGAUAUGGACUUCCAAAGUGGUUUUGGAUGAUCUAUUGAUAUACCGUAUUUUUUGCUCCUAAAAAGUAAGGGGAAAUGUGUGUGCGUCGUAUGGAGUGAAUGCAGGCUGCGCAGCUAUCCCAGAAGCCAGAAUAGCAAGAGGUAUCGCUGCUUUCGCUGCGCUGCUGUUCUGGGUUCUGGGAUUCAGAAUAUCUUUUUUCUUGUUUUCCUCCUCCAAAAACUAGGCGCGUCUUAUGGUCUGGUGCAUCUUAUAGAGCGAAAAACAUGGUAUCUCCCAGCCCUACUCUGUGGUAGGAUGGGCUGUGAGAGAAGGUAGCUGAGCUACGCUCACCCAUGGCUGAUCGGGGAGCACCCUAACUGUUGAAAUAUGACGGCUCUCUUAACAAUGCAUGCUGAACUGAGUGGCACCUUGAUUUUGAUCCCCACCCCCUCCAUAAAAAAACACACCUUGUGCUCUUUUAAGCAGCCUUGGCCAGCUGUGCUGGCGGAAGCUGUAGUUCACAAUAUCCAGAGGGCACCAGCUUGGCACCAGCAUAAAGGCUGCUCUUUAUGCGUGAGUUGCCCGGGUGGGAAUGCUUAAGGUAAUAAAACUGCAGCCAUUGCUGUGGUCCUGAAUGGGGUAACUGUGCCCUUGAAGGACCAGGUGCGCAGCCUGGGAGUCAUUUUGGACUCACAACUGUCCAUGGAGGAACAGGUUAAUUCUGUGUCCAGGGCAGUUGUUUACCAGCUCCAUCUGGUACACAGGGUGAGACCCUACCUGCCCGUGGACUGCCCCGCCAGAGUGGUACAUGCUCUGGUUAUCUCUCGCUUGGACUACUGCAAUGCGCUCUACGUGGGGCUACCUUUGAAGGUGACCCGGAAACUGCAAUUAAUCCAGAAUACGGCAGCUAGACUGGUGACUGGGAGUGGCCGCCGGGACCACAUAACACCGGUUCUGAGAGAUCUGCAUUAGCUCCCAGUACGUUUCCGAGCACAAUUCAAAGUGUUGGUGUUGACCUUUAAAGCCCUAAACGGCCUCGGUCCUGUAUACCUGAAGGAGCGUCUCCACCCCCAUCGUUCAGCCCGGACACUGAGGUGAAGGUCUGAGGGCCUUCUGGCGGUUACCUCGCUGCGAAAAGCCAAGUUACAGGGAACCAGGCAGAGGGCCUUCUCAGUAGUGGCGCCCACCCUGUGGAAAACCCUCCCUUCAGAUGUGAAGGAAAUAAGCAGCUAUCCUAUCUUUAAAAGACAUCUGAAGGCAGCCCUGUUCAGGGAAGUUUUUAAUAUUUAACACUGUAUUGUUUUUAACACUUGAUUGGGAACCGCCCAGAAUGGCUGGGGAAACUCAGCCAGAUGAGCGGGGUAUAAAUAAUAAUAAUAAUAAUAAUAAUAAUAAUAAUAAUAAUAAUAAUAAAUAUUAUUAUUAUUUAUAACAUUCUGCUUUGCGUGCAGAAGGUCCCAGGCUCAAUUCUUGGCAUUCUUAGCCAGGGCCGGGAUUUCUCCCUGUGCGAAAUCCUGGAGUGCUGCUGCCAUUCAGUGCAGACAGUCCUGAGCUAUAUGGUCUGACUCUGUGCAAGGCAUCUUCCCGUGUUGCUACAAAACCGUCCUCAUGGCUGCACUGCUUGCCUUCUUCCCAGGGGAUGCCUGAGCAAUGGGCCCGCUUGCUGCAAACCUCCAACAUCACCAAAUCGGAGCAGAAGAAGAACCCUCAGGCCGUGCUCGACGUCCUGGAGUUCUACAAUUCCAAAAAGACCUCCAAUAGCCAGAAGUAUAUGAGCUUCACAGGUAGGUCAUGAUGAGUGGGUGGAUGAGAAACCCUUCUGUUAUGUACUGAGUUGAAUAGGAUCCAAAAUGCAGCAGUCUGAUUGGUCCUAGAACAAUAGGUUUCAGAAUGCAGCAGUCUGAUUGGUCCUAGAACAAUGCAGUAGUCUGAUUGGUCUGCAGGAGCCACCCAAUCCAUCUCCAGGUGGAAGUGAAUCCGCAACCUGAUUGGCCUACAGGAGAAUCCCGGAAUUAGCCAAUCAUGUGCAGCCCAUUGUGUAAAUAAUGUAUAUAAAGCAGAUAUUGUGGGGAAACCUGCAUUCCUCCUCACCACUAUGAGCUGAAUAAAGAGCAUGAAAUCCACUCUCAACUCCGAGUAUAUUUCACCUUCCUUGCACAGGUAGUCAGGUGCGCUUGGUCAGCUUUUACUUGGCUUGCCUAUGAGGUAUUUGUUGUUGUUUUUUGAGACGCCAAGAGAAUUUGCACAUAUCCUGCCUACAAACCGACCUGCUGGAUGUUCUGGUGGUGUUAUUUAUAUUUAUAUGUGUGUGUUAGGAGGAUUAAGGUAAAUUCAACAGUACAGUCAUACCUUGGUUUUCAAACAGCCCAGUUCUCGGACAUUUCGGCUCCCGAAAGAACGCAACAUGGAAGUGAGUGUUCCGGUUUUCGAACGUUCUUUUGCAAGCUGAACGUCCAAUGGGGCUUCCUGCAGCCAAUCAGAAGCCACGCUUUGGUUUCUGAACAUUUUAAGUGAUUAAAAAUGAGAUGGUAGGUGCUCUCUUCUUGGUGGUUGAAGCAGGUCUGUUUUAGCCCUUCCUCAGUGUGACGUUUAGGGACACCGGUGGCGCUGUGGGUUAAACCACAGAGCCUAGGACUUGCCGAUCAGAAGGUCGGCGGUUCCAAUCCCCGCGACGGGGUGAGCUCCUGUUGCUCGGUCCCUGCUCCUGCCAACCUAGCAGUUUGAAAGCACGUCAAAGUGCAAGUAGAUAAAUAGGUACUGCUCCAGUGGGAAGGUAAACGGCGUUUCUGUGCGCUGCUCUGGUUCGCCAGAAGCGGCUUAGUCAUGCUGGCCACACGACCCGGAAGCUGUACGCCGGCUCCCUCGGCCAAUAAAGCGAGAUGAGCGCCGCAACCCCAGAGUCGGCCACAACUGGACCUAAUGGUCAGGGGUCCCUUUACCUUUUCCUUUAAUGUGAUGUUUAAGCCUCUCAUCCUGAGAAGUCUUGGACGGGGGACUAAAAGUGUGUAACCCUUAUUAAUUUAAAGUAUUUUUACCCCACUCUUCAGCCAGAUCAGUUUGCAGUGGUCAGUUCUAAGAUGCCUUCGGCUUUAAAUUGGAAAAGAAACAGCACAAAAGGAAAAGGGAUUGGGAGGGAGGAGGAAGAAAGCAAAUUCCAGCACUAGCUCUUGGUUACAAAGUUCUUAUGGAGGAAAGGUUGUUCUGAAACGAAUGGCUCUGCAAAUUUCGUCUCUUUGCCUUUUCUGUUGGUGAUUUUAGAGAAUUGGUCUUCAGUGGUUUGUUCUGGAUUGCCUUUGGUUUUAAUUUGAUUUCAUGUGUAGGGAAUCUGAAAGAUGUUCUGUUUUUCUGUCCCCUUCCAGAUAAAUCUGCAGAAGACUAUAACUCCUCCAACACGCUGGUAAGUCUAAUUUCAGUCUUGUAGCUAUAUUGAAGGCUGCAAUCGCAGGCAGAGUCAACGCUAAAACCAGGAGGCUGAUAUGUCCCUAACUCAGGGGUGGGGAAUCUGGGGUCUGCAAAACCACCUUGCUCAGCGGUUCCUAAGCACCUGAUAAUCUGUUGGUUGUUGGGCGCUGCCAAGCCCUAUAGUCAUCACUUGGAAUGCAGAACCUGCGUGACGCUUUCAAUAUUGAGGGACUCCAGUUUGCAUGUGCCUCAGAUAGCAUGGCAACAUCUGGGGAGUCACAGGUUCCCCAUUACCCCCAUCACUACACCAAAUUUUCUUCUUCUUUGGCGAUUUCUCGUAGCCGAGUAAGAUUGUCUUCCAUGAACACGGUCUUAACAGGGAGUCCAUAAGUGACUGUGGAGGCCAAUUCUGGAUCUACACGUCCUUCCACAGUGGGGACACAGGUUUCCGGGCAGGAGUUGAGAACGGUGUGGAUUUGCCAAGCGUGCCUUCCUGUUAGCUUGUUUCUCCCUUUCAUCCUGAGUCUGAAUGUCUUCAAAGUCCAUGACACCUUUGGUAAAGGCUGCUCUCCAACUGGAGCGCUCACAGGCCAGUGUUCCCCAGUUAUCGGUGUUUAUACUUCAUUUUUUUAUAGAUUUGCCUUGAGACAGCCUUUAAACCUCUUUUGUUGACCACCAGCAUCACACUUUCCAUUUUUAAGUUCGGAAUAGAGCAGUUGCUUAGGAAGAUGAAAAUCAGGCAUCUGAACAACAUGACCAGUCCAACGAAGUUGAUGUUGAAGAAUCAUUGCUUCAACAUGGGUGAUCUUUGCUUCUUCUAGUACACUGGCAUUGGUUUGCCUGUCUUCCCAAGUGAUAUGUAGAAUUUUUUGGAGACACCAUUGAUGGAAUCUUUCAAUUUUCUCCUGUUGAAGUGCAGAGUGUUUGAUUACCGCGACAUUCGCAGGGAAACCAAAAUGCUUGUUUACAAAGCUAUUGUACUACCAACCUUACUGUAUGCUUGUGAAACAUGGACCACUUAUAAACGCCAUCUCCAAAUACUUGAUGGCUUUCAGCGGAAUGUGUGAGAAGACUUUAUGUCCUGUUCUGAAGGGAAGGGGGUGAUAGGUACCGUAUUUUUCGCUCUAUAAGACACACUUUCCCCUUCCUAAAAAGUAAGGGGAAAUGUGUGUGCGUCUUAUGGAGUGAAUGCAGGCUUCGUGGGCUAGGCCAGAAGCCAGAACAGCGAGAGGGAGCGCUGCACAAUGCUCCCUCUCGCUGUUAUAGCUUCUGGCUUAGCUGCGCGGAGCCGCCGCAGGGCAGUGGGGAGCCUUCAUCCUGCUGCCCUGCGGAGGCUUUGCACAGCUAUCCCUGGCUUUUGCGGGAGGUGGGGGAAGGGACAGAAAAGCCCCCAACAACCGCGCUCCCUUUAAGGAGCGGGAGGUCGGCGGAAAGCCAGGAGGCUUGCUCUCCUGGCUUCAGGGAUAGCCCCACAAAGCCUCCUGAGUGAAGAGGAAGGAGCGCUCCCUCUUUGCUCAGGAGGCUUCUUAUUUCUUGUUUUCCUUCUCUGAAAACUAGGUGUGUGUUAUAGAGCGAAAAAUACGGUAUUUGGGGUUUUCUAUUAUCUGUUGCCCUGCUUCCCAGUUUGUGUGUGGUUAGGCCCCUCCGAUGUCACUGGCAUAAAGAGAGCAUUGUGAUAGGUGGUGUUGCAUCAGGGAUGGGGGCCUGUGGCACUCGGGUUGUGGCUCCCAUCAUGUCUGGGGCUGGUGGGCUUUGGGGCCUGAGAGGAGCUGGAGAGAAAUAGGCUCCCCAUCUCUGCAUCACAUCUUCGUUUCCCAGCCUCCACCUCUCCCAUCCCACCGUGGCAGAUGUGCAAGUAAAUGGGUAAUCUCCUUUAAGAUACCUUUUCUGUGCUACCCCAAUGGUGGCCAUAGUAUACCCACCUUCGAUUUCGGCCAGUUUGCUCACUUAUGCUCACUGGAGGCAGUUGGAAGAUGGAUGGCGGCUAACAGAUUGAGGUUGAAUCCUGACAAGACAUAAGUGCUGUUUUGGGGGGACAGGGGGCGGGCAGGUGUGGAGGAUUCCCUGGUCCUGAAUGGGGUGACUGUGCCUCUGAAGGACCAGGUGCGCAGCCUGGGAGUCAUUUUGGACUCACAGCUGUCCAUGGAGGCACGGGUUAAUUCUGUGUCCAGGGCGGCUGUCUACCAGCUCCACCUGGUACGCAGGCUAAGACCCGACCUGCCCGCAGAGUGUCUUGCCAGAGUGGUGCAUGCUCUAGUUAUCUCCCGCUUGGACUACUGCAAUGCACUCUACGUGGGGCUACCUUUGAAGGUGACCCGGAAACUGCAGUUAAUCCAGAAUGCGGCAGCUAGACUGGUGACUGGGAGCGGCCGCCGGGACCACAUAACACCGGUCCUGAGAGAUCUGCAUUGGCUCCCAGUACGUUUCCAAGCACAAUUCGAAGUGUUGGUGUUGACCUUUAAAGCCCUAAACGGCCUCGGUCCUGUAUACCUGAAGGAGCGUCUCCACCCCCAUCAUUCAGCCCGGACACUGAGAUCCAGCACCGAGGGCCUUCUGGCGGUUCCCUCAUUGCGAGAAGUGAGGUUACAGGGAACCAGACAGAGGGCCUUCUCGGUGAUGGCACCCGCCCUGUGGAACACCCUCCCAUCAGAUGUGAAGGAAAUAAGCAGCUAUCCUAUCUUUAAAAGACAUCUGAAGGCAGCCCUGUUUAGGGAAGUUUUUAAUAUUUAUUGCUGUAUUGUUUUUAACAUUUGAUUGGGAGCAGCCCAGAGUGGCUGGGGAAACUCAGCCAGAUGGGUGGGGUAUAAAUAAUAAAUUAUUAUUAUUAUUAUUAUUAUUAUUAUUAUUGGCUAAGAGACAGGCUAAGGGGCUCAGGCGAACGAGACAGGCUUAAGCAGGAACAGGCGUUCUGAAUGCAGAAGGCCUGAAGUUGAAUCUCUGUCAUUUCCACACACAGCAGUUCCUGGGAAAGGUGUCCGCCUUAGAACUUGGAAAACUGGAGUAGAUGAUUGCCACUGUCUGCUCUGCACAUUUAAAGCAGUCUCAUACCAGUCGUGGCUCCCCCCAAAGGAAUCCUGGGAACUGUAGUUUGUUAUGGGUGCAGAGUGUUGCAAGGACGUCCUCUUUCCCCCACGCAGAGCUACAAUUUCCAGAGUUCCUGGGGAGGAAGGAUUUGAUAGUUAAACUCAGGUUACCGGACGUCCCCGUUUCCCGGAUUUACAAAUCAGUCCCCUGACAAAAUCCAUCUAUUUACUAGGAAGUUGAAAAGUGUCCCCGGAUUCAUUGGAAAAAAAUCUGGUAACCUUAGGUUAAACCACUCUGUGGAACUCCCUUCCAUCCGAUGUCAAGGAAAUAAACAACCACCUGGCUUUUAGAAGAAAUCUGAAGUCAGCCCUGUAUCGGAUAUUUUUUUUAAAAAAUCUGAUGUUUUACAAUUUUUAAUGUGUUGUAAGCCGCCCCAGAGUGGCUGGGGAAACCAAGCUGGAUGGGUGGGGUAUUAAUAAUAAUAAUAAUAAUAAUAAUAAUAAAUAAUUUUAUUUAUACCCCGCCCUCCCCAGCCAAGACCGGGCUCAGGGCGGCUAACAACCAAUAAUAAAAACAAGUUAAUUGAAAUACAACUUAAAAAACAAGAUUAAAUACAACAUUAAAAUUCAGCCUCAUCACAGGAGGAGAAAGGAAAAAGGAAAGAGGGGGAGGGAAUCAAACUGAUUCUAAGCCAAAGGCCAAGUGGAACAACUCUGUCUCACAGGCCCUGUGGAAAGAAAUCAGAUCCUGCAGGGCCCUGGUCUCAUGAGACAGAGCGUUCCACCAGGUCGGAGCCAGUGCUGAAAAGGCCCUGGCUCUGGUUGAGGCUAAUCUGGCUUCCUUAGGGCCCGGGACCCCUAGGGUGUUGCUAUUUAUGGACCUUAAGGUCCUCCGUAGGGCAUACCGGGAGAGGCGGUCCCGUAGGUACGAGGGUCCUAGUAUAUCAUCAUCAUAGAAUCAUAGAGUUGGAAGAGACCACAAGGGCCAUCGAGUCCAACCCCCUGCCAAGCAGGAAACACCAUCAGAGCACUCCUGACAUAUGGUUGUCAAGCCUCUGCUUAAAGACCUCCAAAGAAGGAGACUCCACCACACUCCUUGGCAGCAAAUUCCACUGUCGAACAGCUCUUACAGUCAGGAAGUUCUUCCUAAUGUUUAGGUGGAAUCUUCUUUCUUGUAGUUUGGAUCCAUUGCUCCGUGUCCGCUUCUCUGGAGCAGCAGAAAACAACCUUUCUCCCUCCUCUAUGUGACAUCCUUUUAUAUAUUUGAACAUGGCUAUCAUAUCACCCCUUAACUUCCUCUUCUCCAGGCUAAACAUGCCCAGCUCCCUUAAUUAAUUAAAUUAUUAAUUUAAUUGAGAAUCAUAGACUUGUAGAGGGGGAAGGGAUCUUCAGGUUCAUCUAGUCCAACCCCAAGCAUUGCAGGAAUAUGCAGCUGAAUUGUAGCGCUGCGAGAGGAGUAGGGGGUCCGCGAAGGACUUUCAGCACCCUUAACAAACUUCAGUUCCCAGGAUGCUUUUGGAAGGGGGCAAGCCAUGAAUGUUUACAGCGCUGAGAUACUGCUUUAAACAUUUCGUGCUGGUGAAUCCUUAGACCGAGCUGCUAUAAGGACCGCUUCUUUUAUUCAUUGCUCAGUGGGGAUUUGAAACCUGAAUCUCACCUGCACAACAAAUGGGGGAGAGUGUUAUUGUGCCCGGGUCCUACUUGUGGCCAUCGUGAGAGAAGGAUGCUGGUCUAACUGGGCUUUUGGACUGAUCCAACAAGGCCUUCCUUAUUUCUUAAUAAGUGUUAGUGCCUCCAGUAACUGGACGGCAGCCUGAAACUCCACAGGUAUAUAAAUAUCCGCUGGCACUGUGCUUCCAGGCAGGGGCACGCUUCACCUGUGGAAUUUUGGCCUGUUUUCAGCCGCUGUGAAUGACAGCAGCUCAAGAGGUUUGCUUUCCCUUUUAAAAAGUUCAGGUGAGGCCUAAGGACAGAAGGGAAGUGAAAUGAAUCUGAAGUCAGGGAGAACUGGCAGGACUGGAAAAACUGUUUUGCAAAUUGGGAAGGUGAUCUAGUUUUGCUACUGUGGUGGUUGUUCUGUUCUUGCCGGAAGAAAGGAAAAAAACCACACACACACACACACACACACACACUCGAGUUGAAAUCGAAAAUAAGCGCAGGAAAAAUAGUAGGCAUGAUGUAAUUGCAUUAAAACCAUCUCUUCCAAAGAACGAAUAAAACUAGACAUCUGUAUUUAACACCUACACAUUCAUGUGGCUUUCUCACUUUGGAGAGAUCGUGCUCAUUUUUCUUCUGCCGAAGAUAUUGUUGUGGACUGUCCUUCCUCAGAGCUUUUUAAGCAGAGGUUGGAUGGCCAUCUGUCACCAGUGAUUUAGUUGCGAUUCCCACACUGCAGGAGGUUGGAAUAGAUCAUGGGUAGGCAAACUAAGGCUCGGGGGCUGGAUCUGGCCCAAUCCGGCCCAAUCGCCCAAUCUCAAUCCAUCCCACGGACGGGCCAGGAAUCAGCGUGUUUUUACAUGAGUAGAAUGUGUCCUUUUAUUUAAAAUGCAUCUCUGGGCUAUUUGUGGGGCAUAGGAAUUCGUUCAUUCCCCCCCCCCCCCAAAAAAAAAAUAUAGUCCGGCCCCCCACAAGGUCUGAGGGACGGUGGACUGGCUCCCUGCUGAAAAGGUUUGCUGACCCCUGGACUAGAUGAACCUCAGGGUCCCUUCCGACUCUACAAUUCCACGAUUCUACAAUAUCCUGCAAGGCAGCAGAGAUAUAGGAUCAAAGCCCUUUUUAAAAAUGUGGGUUUAUCAGGGACUGAGGGAAGUUUUAACUUCUCCCUGUCUUCCCCAAGUGUUCCAGAAAUGAGUGAUUGCCCACCAGUUUUCUCCAGAAGCAGGCGGGAGCGAGAAUUUGCCCAGGCACUUUCUGCCACCUUCCAAACUCUUUUCAAGACUUCAGUGGAGGUGCCCUCUUUCCACCUGGCCCAUCUAAAAGAAUAAGUGUUUUAUUAUUGUUUAGUCGUUUAGUCGUGUCCAACUCUUCGUGACCCCCUGGACCAGAGCACGCCAGGCAUUCCUAUCUUCCACUGCCUCCCGCAGUUUGGUCAAACUCAUGCUGGUAGCUUCGAGAACACUGUCCAACCAUCUCGCCCUCUGUCGUCCCCUUCUCCUUGCGCCCUCCAUCUUUCCCAACAUCAGGGUCUUUUCCAGGGAGUCUUCUCUUCUCAUGAGGUGGCCAAAGUAUUGGAGCCUCAGCUUCAGGAUCUGUCCUUCCAGUGAGCACUCAAGGCUGAUUUCCUUCAGAAUGGAUCGGUUGGAUCUUCUUGCAGUCCAUGGGACUCUCAAGAGUCUCCUUCAGCACCAUAAUACAAAAGCAUUAAUUCUUCGGUGAUCAGCCUUCUUUAUGGCCCAGCUCUCACUUCCAUACAUCACUACUGGGAUGUGUUUUAUUUGUCAGGUACAAAAGGCAUGUGGCGUUCUUAUUACCCAGCAGGUGAGACAGCAGCGCUUCCCGAACAAAAGAAGUCCGGGGAGAGCGAGCGAGAAAGUGCCCAGCGAACAUUUUGAUAACCAGAGCAAUCAAAGCAGUUGGCGUGGGCCGUCGGCCAAAGUGUCCUUCGUUAGCAUGGCAAGAGCACGUUGCUGUGCCAACGAACUGCCUUUGAUGUCGUCUGGUGGUUUUUCUAAAGAGCGAGUCUGGGGGAAAUUGCUUCGCUCUCAAACGUGGCGGUGGCAAACGGUCUCUUCCCUCCCCUCGCCCCCCGCACUUCCGUUUUAAAAAUAAAUGGCUGUUUAUAAAUUAUAAUAACCACCUGAAGUUAUGCGAAGGUUCAGCCUUUUGGAAGCACGGAUCUGAUUACAAAACAUUGCAAAUGGUUGCCUUUUCUUUGAAUAUUUUAAUUGGCCGACGUGUCUCUUUCUUUGUUGUUGUUGUUUAGUUGUUUAGUCGUGUCCCCAUGGACCAGAGCACGCCAGGCACUCCUGUCCUCCACUGCCUCCCGCAGUUUGGUCAAACUCAUGCUGGUAGCUUCGAGAACACUGUCCAACCAUCUUGUCCUCUGGCGUCCCCUUCUCCUUGUGCCCUCCAUCUUUCCCAACAUCAGGGUCUUUUCCAGGGAGUCUUCUCUCCUCACGAGGUGGCCAAAGUAUUGGAGCCUCAGCUUCAGGAUCUGCCCUUCCAGUGAGCACUCAGGGCUGAUUUCCUUCAGAAUGGAUCGAUUUGAUCUUCUUGCAGUCCAUGGGACUCUCAAGAGUCUCCUCCAGCACCAGAAUUCAAAAGCAUGUCUCUUUCUUUAAUAUGCCCAAUUUAUACCCUUAUCCAUACAUGCAGUUUCACGAGCUGCCAAAAGUCAUUCCUUGUGGAACGGACUCCCUCGGGAUGUUGUGGACUCUCCUUCCUUGGAGGUUUUUAAGCAGAGGUUGGGUGGCCAUCUGUCAUGGUUGCUUUAGUCGAAAUUCCUGCACUGCAGGGGGGUUGGACUAGAUGACCCUUGGAUCCCUUCCCAAUCCACAGUUCUGUGAUUCUUUAUAGAAGACACAGAUACUGUCCCUUUUUUCCAAGACCACCUUUGCUGCCACCAAAAUAUUAAGCGUGAGUAUCUUCUUUGCUCAGGCCAUUCUAGGUGACGGCCUCUUUUAAGAUAAUUCUUGAAUCACCCAUGCUUAGAUUCAUAUGAGUUACCUGAAAGAUUUCUGUGUUGCAUUCCACCAAGGCACCUUGAGCUCUGACCACCUGAUAGGAUAGGAUAGGAUGGGAUAGGGACGCGGGUGACGCUGUGGUCUAAACCACUGAGCCUCUUGGGCUUGCUGAUCAGAAGAUUGGCAAUUCUCUAUCCCAGCUCCUGCCAACCUAGCAGUUCGAAAGCACUCCAGUUCCAGUAGAUAAAUAGGUACCAAUGUGGCAGGAAGGUAAACGGCGUUUCCGUGAGCUCUGGUUUCUGUCACGGUGUCCCGUUGCGCCAGAAGUGGUUUAGUCCUGCUGGCCACAUGACCGGGAAAGCUGUCUGCGGACAAACACCGGCUCCCUCGGCCUGAAAGCGAGAUGAGCGCCACAACCCCAUAGUCAUGUUUGGCUGGACUUCACUAUCCAGGGGUCCUUUACCUUUUUACCUUAUAGGAUGCAAAUCUGCAACAUUAGCACUGUACUUUCCUACCAUCUACGUGUGGGUGGGCAAACUGCAGCUGUGCAGCACAAUGCGCCGUCUCUCGAACCCAGACCCCUUUCAAUGGACCAUCCUGUUCUCUUGUCAACUAUGCUGAUAAUGCUUCCGGCUUGCUUACUUGCCUCUGUGAAUCUCUGACUUCUGCCGGCCUGGAAUGCAGCCAGCUGUACGAAAUGACAUCCAUGGUCCCGCCCAUGUUUUCCCUCUGGCCCCGCCCACCAUUGGCAUGCGGCCCCCGAAAGGCUUCCCAAUAGAGAAUGUGGCUCUCGGGCUCAGGAACGUCCCCCACCCACGAUCUAGUAAAUUGACCUGAAAUACAUUAGCUUUUGUGACAUCGUCGGUAGAGCCCAGUUCUCUUAAUCUCAGGGUUGUGGGUUCGAAUCCCACGUUGGGCGAACGAUUCCAGCAUUGCAGGAGGUUGGACUAGAUGACCCUCGUGUUGCCUUCCAAUUCUAUGAUUCUAAACAUUACUUCCUUCAAGAUCCGCAGUCUCCCCCCACCUCCUUUCUUUUUUUUAAAGUGUCUUCUUUUUAUGAGGAAGAAAGAAAACAGGCCAGCUGAAUUUGCCAGCAGGAGAAAAACAGAUUAGGAGGAAAGUUUGGCUUUCCUUGGCAAAGCAGUUGCCCUUAUCACACAGUUUGUACGUCAAUUUUGCCAGUUCCGCAUAGUCCAUGAAUUUCUCUUGCCACUGUUCUUUUGUCGGGGUUUCUUCAUUCUUCCAUUCUUGUGCUAUUAAGACUGUUGUCGCAUACAUAAAUAUGUUCUUGAUUUUCCUUGGCAGGUCUUUUCCUACAAUCCCUAACAAAAAUGCUUCUGGGUUUUUAUUUACAAAUGUUAAUUUAAACAUUUUCUUCAACUCAUGGCCUGCUAUACAUUCCCAUCCAGAUACACUAAACCCACAACUUACACGUAGGUUCCGGGGAUCAUGCCUGCAGCGAAAAUUGCGUCUAAUCCAAACACAUUAGGUUCAACGGCGGGUGGGAUUGCCAAAGCCUUUUCCCCCCAGAUGCCCGUCACUUUUAUAAUAUUCUUAAAUUUGUUUUGCCAAGCAUGUGAACCUCAAGGCGCACAAGUUAAGUGUGCGUGAAUUGAGAGCUUGCUGUGGUUUCGUUUCCCUUCCUCCUAAGCACCUCUCCUUUCCGUGCAGAAUGUGAAGGCUGUGUCCGAGACCCCCGCCGUCCCCCCUGUGUCGGAGGACGAAGAUGAUGAAGACGAUGCUGCCCCUCCCCCAGUCAUCGCUCCCCGACCCGAGCACACGAAGUCCGUAAGUAGAAGUCUCAAAGCGGCUGGGCUCCCUCUUGAGUAAAGGCAUUGGGUCUUCGGAGAAUUGAUUCGGGUGUCUUCUGCCCCACAAGUAUAAUGUCGUCUGGGUGUAGGGCAGGCCCCUAUCCAUUGCAUGAACGUAACCACAAUAAUAAAAAAAUAUUAUUAUAUAAAUUAUGAGUAGGGAUUUGAACUCUGCCCAGCUCCAUUCCUGAAGCCCUGCUCCAUUGCUUAAAAGUGCAGAAUUAUGUUAUUAAGUCGUUGGCUAGCCAGAUGCCUCAAACUUGGGUCUCCAGCUGUUUUUGGACUACGAUUCCCAUCGUCCCUGACCACUGAUCCUGCUCGCUAGGGAUGAUGGGAGUUGUAGUCCAACAGCCGGAAACCCAAGUUUGAGAAACUCUAGACCAGCGGUGCUCAACCUGUGGGUCCCCAGAUGUUGUUGGACUACAACUCCCAUCAUCCCUGAGCUCUGGCCUUGCUAGCUAGGGAUGAUGGGAGUUGUAGUCCAACAACAUCUGGGGACCCACAGGUUGAGAAAGGCUGCUCUAGACACUUUCGCUAGCAGGGUAUGAAAGCAACAGUCCGGACUAUCAUUUCCCCAGAUUCAGAACAACAUACGCCUGUCCUAAGUCACCGCUGAGUUCUGUGACCUGUGUAUAAAGAGCAAAUAUGUGUUACUUUUGCAUUUUAAGGCAGGGCAUUGAAACCUUCCCUCAACAAAGGGAGGCAUCGUUCAGCUGACUCUCUGAUUCUACAGAUGCUUUAAGCAUCUCUCCCGAACCAUAAAAAGCUUGUAUUUUUCUUUCUCAGAACGGAGCUGGGAUUUUGCACUCAGUUCUCUAUUCUGUGCUCUCACAGUAUCACAACAUUUUUAGCAUGUUGUUAACAAAGUCUCCUUUAGAAAAAAAUCUCAGCUUUUGCUCUGGUAGCGUGAGAAGGAAGGUUCAGUUUGGGCCUAGAGAGAGGCUCCAUUAUAGGAAGCCAGGCAUUCAUGUUCUCAGCCAGCUGAAUUGCAACUGCAGCUUGUAAAUUCAUUGUUGUUUUCAGUGCGAAUCUCCCUUUGCAGAUUUAAAGUAGUCAUCGCCUAGAUGUCACUCCUAACCACAACUCCUUGCUAAUCAAGCCAUUUUCAAUAGCCUAGAGGCUCUUCCCAGCUGAUCCCAAAAUCUGUGUUAAUCUCCUUUCCCACACAGAUUUUUUGCAGCCGUUUUUGCAGACCUAUUAGGCCAGGCUUGGCCAAACUUGGCCCUCCAGCUGUUUUAGGACUACAACUCCCAUCAUCCCUAGCUAACAGGACCAGUGGUCAGGGAUGAUGGGAACUGUAGUCCCAAAACAGCUAGAGGGCCAAAUUUGGCCAUGCCUUUUUUGGCCAACUCUUUUAAACAACCACCCACUGGAUUUGCAGUUUUGGCCACCAGUUUUGGAGUCACAUUUCACAGGGCUCCAGCACUGUGUACUGCAGUGGUGAAUCUCAGGAAGUUUGGGACUAAGCAAGAACCUCCUUUUUAGCCGUUGGUAGUGUUUGAUUUACCUCAGAACUAUUCACAUAUAUGGGACACGGGUGGCGCUGUGGGUUAAACCACAGAGCCUAGGGCUUGCUGAUCAGAAGGUCGGCGGUUCGAAUCCCCACGACGGGGUGAGCUCCCGUUGCCCGGUCCCUGCUCCCGCCAACCUAGCAGUUCAAAAGCACGUCAAAGUGCAAGUAGAUAAAUAGGUACCACUCUGGCGGGAAGGUAAACGGCGUUUCCGUGUGCUGCUCUGGUUCGCCAGAAGCGGCUUAAUCAUGCUGGCCACAUGACCCGGAAGCUGUACGCCGUCUCCCUCAGCCAGUAAAGCGAGAUGAGCGCUGCAACCCCAGAGUCGGCCACGACUGGACCUAAUGGUCAGGGGUCCCUUUACCUUUAUUUACAUAUAUAUUCUACCCCCCCUCCCCGCAGAUAUACACCCGGUCGGUGAUCGAACCUCUUCCUCCAGCCCCGACCCGAGACGUGGCCACCUCUCCGAUCCCAUCGCCUUCCGAAAACAGCACGACCCCUCCAGACACGUUGGCGAGGAGUACGGAGAAGCAGAAAAAGAAACCCAAAAUGACAGACGAGGAAAUCUUGGAGAAAUUAAGUACGUCUUCUCACUGCUGGGUUUUUCGAAUGGGACCUCAGGGAAAUGGAUAUAUUUCAGGUCACCUCACACUGUGAGGUUGUCGCCACUUCACAACUGCACUCUUCUCUCUCUAUCUCUGUCGCACACACACACACACACACACACACUCCGCAGGCUCCACCUUGUGCAAAAUUUAGCACUUUCACGACACCGAAGAGAUGUUUUCGUUCUUCAAAAAACCCCAGCUUCCUGAAUCCUCUCACAGUGGUGUCAGCUUGUGGGUUCAGCUUCUUCAAAGGAGGAGAGAUGCACUCUGUGUGCAUGUGUUUGUGUGUUAGGUGUGAAUGUCAGAGCCAUCCUAGAAGCUCCUGUCACUUUCAAAACCCUGGGAUGUGUGAGGCUGUAUUCUACCCUUGCUGGGGAAUGCAAAAACAUUUCGAAUGCAAGAGCGGCCCUGUUGGAUGGGAACAAAGCCAUCGUGUUUUCCAAAAGUGGCAAACCAGACGCUUCGAGAAAGCAUUCUGGUCGUGUGCGAAUGCAACAGCCUUCUCAUUGCUGCCUGUCCUCUGACCCACACCCCACUAUAUAUUUUGGAAAGCAUGCUAUGGCCCAACCUGCUCAUUCUGUUUAGCCUGCUGGUACACCUGUCCUCCACAUGGCUUUCCCUCUAUUUCAGAUGUCUGGACGGUGAGCGCUGUUCCUUAAGACACCAAAAUGCAUUCACGCCCAUGCGCAAGAGUGAAGUACAGUGGAACCAUGGUUCUCAAACUUAAUCCGUUCCGGAAGUCUGUUCCAAAACCAAAGCGUUCCAAAACCAAGGCACGCUUUCCCAUAGAAAGUAAUGCAAAAUGGAUUAAUCCGUUCCAGACUUUAAAAAAAGACCCCUAAAACAGCAACUGAACAUGAAUUUUAAGCGGGUGGCGCUGUGGGUUAAACCACAGAGCCUAGGACUUGCCAAACAGAAGGUCGGCGGUUCGAAUCCCCGCGACAGGGUGAGCUCCUAUUUCUCAGUCCCUGCUCCUGCCCACCACCUGCUGCUCUGGUUCGCCAGAAGCGGCUUAGUCAUGCUGGCCACAUGACCCGGAAGCUGUACACCGGCUCCCUCGGCCAAUAAAGCAAGAUGAGUGCAACAACCCCAGAGUCGGCCACGACUGGACCUAAUGGUCAGGGGUUCUUUUACCUUUAACAUGAAUUUCAUUAUUGAACGAGACCAUUGAUCCAUAAAAUGAAAGCAAUAAACAAUGUACUGCGGUCACACAUUCAAUCAAUCAGUAGCUGAACUGGGUUCCAGACAGUCACAAAAACAAAAAAGAUCCUCAAAAACACAAAAUAAAUAGCAAAAACAGACAGACCUUAGCGUAACACUCAAAACGGAGAACGUUCGGCUUCUGAAAAAUGUCCACAAAUCGUAACAUUUAGAGUUUGCAGUGUUUGGGUUGCGAGUUGUUUGAGUACCAAGGCCUUUGAGAACCAAGGUACCACUGUAUUUGCAGACUUUGACGAAGCCUAGGGUCAGUAAGGUAAUCAACAACCUUUAGAGCGUCUCCGUCCAAAAACAGCCCACAGAGGACUUGCUCGGUAUCGCAGAAUUGUAGAGUCGCAAGGGCCAUCUCUUCCAUCUGUGAAAUAUAUCUUAUAAUUUCUGUUCAUAUAUCUUAGUUGUAGUGGAUUGGGAUCAGCAUGGGACUCAUAUAGAACUUAUAUACCCUGUAUAUAAUGCAUAUUUGUGUUAGAAUUCCUGCUCCAUGAUUGCAGUCAUGGGAUUUUUGCCUAUCACAUGACGUGGUAUAUUUUGACUCCACAGAGUGGGAAGUGACGGAGACAGGAUGUUUGUGUUGCUGUGUUCCGUGAAGUGGGACUAUUGUCCUUUGUUCUUUUUCUCUUUGCUGUCUGAUGCUAGAGAGAGAGAGAGGGAGCCAUGUUGCAGUGCUCUGUGUGUGUUUAUAUGUAAAUAAAGUAGAUUAGCCAAAAUGCUGAGUUGCUGAGGUCUGUCACACGCAAGUUGCGCCAACUCUGCAGAUCCCUAAGUGUGCCGGUGUCGGUUGGCAUCGGUCGCUGUGAUGUUCAGGCAGAAGAAGCUUAUGAAGCUCCCGAACGAUCGACCAGGAGGGAGGGAACAUGCCAGUCUGGCAUGUGUCUCUGCCAGGGUCCUACUCGAGUGUAGGACGAGCUCCUGACAAUUUGAUGGAGGCACCCUGAAGGCAGCUCAUAUAAAGGACGAAAACAGCAACGCCACAUUGAUUAAUGUAUCAGCUGACAGCUAAAGCAAUAUUCCUGAAUACCAGGGAACUUUAAAUCACAAGACAACAGGAAUGGUUUUGCCCAGUGCCUAAGAGGCAACAGAGAUGGCACCAGGUGAACGUGUCCUUAGUUUAUCUGCUUAGCAAAGCUAAUUGCAUUCCCAGGGGUCUGAGGUCUUGCAAGGAGCUUUGAUCAGCUCAGAUUCUGUCAUGCUUGCUUUUAAAUUUGUUUGUUCAGGAGAGCUGAGCGGCCUUCCAAAGCUCUUUCAUUUUAUCCUAAUUUUUCUUUUCCCUUUUUUGUUUUUGAAGGAGGUAUUGUGAGUGUGGGUGACCCCAAGAAGAAAUAUACAAGUUUUGAGAAGAUCGGGCAAGGGUUAGUAUAUGGUCUCCGGCUUCCUUCACCUCUUCUGCCUUCAGCAUGAAAUGAGCAUGGAUCUGGAAUUUCUCAAAAUGCCUUUUAUACUUUGCUAGAGCAUAGUGACCAGUUGUGAUGGCAUAUUACUGAAUUCCAAUUAUCUGUGCUCUCAGGUGUGUGACUGAACGCCUGAACACAAUUGUGACUUAUUAAAAUUUAAAAAUCCCUGGGCUGUUUCCCAGUUUGAUUGGUGUGACGAGAUGACUCUACAGUUCUAUAAAAUCAUAGGAUUGUAGCUCUGGAAGGGACCCCGAAGGUCAUCCAGUCCAACCCCCUGCAUUGCAGGAAUCUUUCCCCCCAAUGUAGGUUUCGAACCCACGACCCUGAGAUUAAGAGUCUCACGCUCUCCAGCUGCUGAGCUGUGAAAAAGCAGUCAUAGCUGAUUUGAUUGACUCAAAUCCACACACAUCUUCCAGUAGAAAACAGCAGUUUUAAAGAAACCAAAGCAAAUACCGUAUUUUUCCGUCUAUAAGAUGCCCCCAUGUAUAAGAUACCCCCUAUUUUUUGGGGACUCCGAUUUAAGAAAAUGGGGGGAGAUAUUAUCUGUGUAUAAGAUGAGCCCAGAUUUUGAACAUUAGUUUAGAGCAGGGGUCAGCAAACUUUUUCAGGAGGGGGCCGGUCCACUGUCCUUCAGACCUUGUGGGGGGCUGGACCCACCCCCUUCCGAAAGCACCCCCUCUCCUGAAAGGCCCCCCUGCCUAUGCCACUUCCUUCCCCCUCAGCCGCUUCCUCCCGCUUAGCCACCUUAGUGGGAAGGAAGAGGCGGUGCCCAGAGGUGUCCACAGCUUCUGAUUGGCUGCAGGAGCUUCCUGCAGCCAAUCAGAAGCCGUGCCGCGUCGUGGAAGUCAGUCUCCGCGUGGCGAGGCCUCUGCGCCACGCCUGUUUAGUGCGGGGGCUGACCCAGUCACCCACAAACGAAACCUAUGGGGGCUUGGGGAAGAGGUUGACUCACAGUCCGAGCUGUGAAAAUCUUCAGCCGAGGCGAGCGUUUGCCUUGAUGUCACGUGAAAUGAGCUGGCAAGCGUUUGCAGAGAGCAGUUCAGAGAAAGUCAAGCUUAAGCAUGUUAAAAUUAGCUGAAUGUUUGCCUCUAAAACAGUGAGGAUGAAAAGGUGCGCACAAUAUUCCUUUUGUGUGUGUGUGCGCGCGCACAAACGCUCUUGACUCUCACAGCUAUUGUGUUCACCUUCUCUAUGGUCUAUUCUGGGGCUGCUAACCUUCCCUCCCAGCGUGAUCCCAACCAAUUAGCGAUGGUCGUGAGAGCAGAAUGAUGUCACGGCGCCAUACAACCAAUUGGCUCUUGCUGUGCAGUGAUGCCGCCAAAGGGAAACAAAGCCUCAGUAAAACACCCAAGAAUUCUGAAGCUCUGCUGGAAUGACUAACCUUGGCUUCCUCCUACUGACUACCAAGCUUUUGUUUACCUAAGUUACUUGCAGGCCACUUAACUUGAGUUAUUCUUUUUCCAAACUCUCCUCUAUCUGUGGUUGUUUUUAGCUGAGUCUGGCUUGCAACAGGCUAACUUCCCCUGAAGGCCUAUAAUGUAGUUGCAGAAUAUCUGCUUUAUGCGUAGAAAAUCCCCGGUACAAACCCCAAUAGCAUCUCCAGAUAGCAUCAUUCCCUGCUAGCAACCUUAGAGAGCCAGUGCCAGUCCGUUCAGACAGAGCUAAGGUGUUGUUGUUUAGUUGUUUAGUCGUGUCCAACUCUUCGUGACCCCAUGGACCAGAGCACGCCAGGCACUCCUGUCUUCCACUGCCUCCCGCAGUUUGGUCAAACUCAUGCUGGUACCUUCGAGAACACUGCCCAACCAUCUCGUCCUCUGUUGUCCCCUUCUCCUUGUGCCCUCCAUCUUUCCCAACAUCAGGGUCUUUUCCAGGGAGUCUUCUCUUCUCAUGAGGUGGCCAAAGUAUUGGAGCCUCAGCUUCAGGAUCUGUCCUUCCAGUGAGCACUCUGGGCUGAAUUCAUUAAGAAUGGAUUGAUUUGAUCUUCUUGCAGUCCAUGGGACUCUCAAGAGUCUCCUCCAACACCAUAAUUCAAAAGCAUUAAUUCUCUGGCGAUCAGCCUUCUUUAUGGUCCAGCUCUCACUUCCAUACAUCACUACUGGGAAAACCAUAGCUUUAACUAGACGGACCUUUGUUGACAAGGUGAUGUCUCUGCUUUUUAAGAUGCUGUCUAGGUGCUGACUAGUGCUAAGGUAGAUGGAGCAAUGGUCUGAUUCUGUAUAAGGCAGCUUCCUAUGUUCCUGUUACCAGGGGCGACUGGUUAUUUAACUAGCUUCCCUGGUAUUCUUAGAGCAGCAAUGUCAUUUUGCAGUCAUGGCAGUGCCCUGCAACACAGAUUAUUGUGUGACAGCUCACGGGGUGAUACACAACUAAAUCUUGGUCACAGUGUAGACCCAUUAGGUCCAUGGAUUUCUAUGGGUCUGUUCUGAAGUUGCCUAAAGUUGGAUAUCACCCAUAGUCUAGUGUGUUAUUGAUCAUUUAGUGUGUUAAUGCUGUUGUAGAAAGAUUUGGAGUUGGCUUUUGCUGCCCAUCUCCCCAAGGGAUUCUGAGCCCCCCAAGCUGGAAUUAAGAUUGCCGGAAGAAAUAUCAACAACCUCAGAUAUGCAGAUGACACAACUUUGAUGGCAGAAAGUGAGGGGGAAUUAAAGAACUUCUUAAUGAGGGUGAAAGAGGAGUGCACAAAAUACGGUUUGAAGCUCAACAUCAAAAAAACUAAGAUCAUGGCCACUGGUCCCAUCACCUCCUGGCAAAUAGAAGGGGAAGAAAUGGAGGCAGUGAGAGAUUUUACUUUCUUGGGCUCCAUGAUCACUGCAGAUGGUGACAGCAAUCAUGAAAUUAAAAGACGCCUGCUUCUUGGGAGAAAAGCAAUGACAAACCUAGACAGCAUCUUAAAAAGCAGAGACAUCACCUUGCCAACAAAGGUCCGUAUAGUUAAAGCUAUGGUUUCCCCAGUAGUGAUGUAUGGAAGUGAGAGCUGGACCAUAAAGAAGGCUGAUCGCCGAAGAAUUGGUGCUUUUGAAUUCUGGUGCUGGAGGAGACUCUUGAGAGUCCCAUGGACUGCAAGAAGAUCAAACCUCUCCAUUCCUAAGGAAAUCAGCCCUGAGUGCUCACUGUAAGGACAGAUCCUGAAGCUGAGGCUCCGAUACUUUGGCCACCUCAUGAGAAGAGAAGACUCCCUGGAAAAGCCCCUGAUGUUGGGAAAGAUGGAGGGCACAAGGAGAAGGGGAUGACAGAGGACGAGAUGGUUGGACAGUGUUCUCGAAGCUGCUAAAAUGAGUUUGACCAAACUGCAGGAGGCAGUGGAAGACAGGAGUGUUUGGCGUGCUCUGGUCCAUGGGGUCACAAAGAGUCGGACACGACUAAACAACAACAAAAAGUCCACGAUCGGUCAGAGAAUAAUGUAUGGAGGCAGGAUCCAGUGGAAGAAAGGGAGAUCUUUAUUUUUAGGUUGCAGCAGACACACACACACCCCUUGCAAGGAGGUGAGGACAAAGAACAAAGUGCACAGGAACAUUUAAUGAUUUUAGGAGUUGCCCAACCCCUUAGCUAAAGACCACCCAUACAUCACAGAAAGAGGUAGCUUCUCUCCUGUCCGUCAAGAUGACCUGAUAAUAUUUUAACGAUUGCAUUACCUGGGUUGCCUGGCCAUUCUUUUGAGACGGUAAGUAGGUCACACAGGCCGUACCCUAUUCAUACAGAAAAUAUGCCCUUAAGACAGGAUUUGUAUGAUUUGUAAGUGAAAAGAAAUAAUGGGAAAGGUUUCUCCAAAUAUUUCCUUCCGCAGAGGAAAUAUUUGGGGUCAUGAAGAAUCAAGAUGGCUUCAGGAUUGCUUUCCUGUACUAUUUCAGAUGUGGGAUUUAUAUACUUGAGUACGUGUGUUUUACUUUGUGCAUUUAUGAACAUUUAUUUAUUGAACACUUACAAUAAAAGCAUGCCUUAACGGGUUGUCCUUCCUUUCAGAGCUUCAGGGACAGUUUACACGGCGAUCGAUGUAGCUACAGGACAGGAGGUAAGUGUUAUGGGGAUACUGGAGCCGUUUCACUAAAUGAGAGAUGUUCUGGCUUUGAUUUUGAGCCUCUCUUCUCGACCCCUGCUCCCCGAUUCGCUCCAAUUCAGAAUUGUGACAAAGGACACAAGAGUUGGAAACUUAAAUUAGAUCCAGCUUCAGACGACUAGAGACUUAAUUGUAAUUAUUCCUCUUCCCUGUUCCCCGCCCUCAUUUCAGGUUGCAAUUAAGCAGAUGAACUUGCAGCAACAGCCCAAGAAGGAGCUGAUAAUUAAUGAAAUUCUCGUCAUGAGGGAAAACAAGAACCCCAACAUUGUCAACUAUCUGGACAGGUAUUCGCACUUUUUCCCCAAUAGGGAAUGUCAUGUGUACAAGAUUCAGGGCAGAUGAAAGAAAGCACUUAUUUACGAAGCGCGUUGUUAUACUGUGGAACUCUCUGCCUCAGGAAGUAGUGGUGGCUGCAGCUUGGGUGGCUUUAAAAGAGGAUUGGACAAAUUCAAGGAGGAGAGGGCUAUUGAUGACCACUAGCUGUGAUUGCUAUGUUCUACACACAAGGCUGGAGGCAGUAAUGUUUUUGAAUGCCAGUUCUUGGAAACUGUAGGACGAGAGAAGGGCUCUUGUGCUCAGGCUUGGUUAGGGACAAAAUAUGAUUGGAAUACAAUGGUACCUUGGGUUAAUUACUUAAUUCGUUCCGGAGGUCUGUUCUUAACCUGAAACUGUUCUUAACCUGAAGCACCACUUUAGCUAAUGGGGCCUCCUGCUGCCGCUGUGCCGCCGGAGCACGAUUUCUGUUCUCAUCCUGAAGCAAAGUUCUUAACCCGAGGUACUAUUUCUGGGUUAGCGGAGUCUGUAACCUUAAGCGUAUGUAUCCUGAAGCGUAUGUAACCUGAAGCAUAGGAAUUCAAGGGCAUCCUGAUCAAAUUUGCAGAUGACACCAAACUGGGAGGGGUGGCUAACAACCCAGAGGACAGGAUCACACUUCAAAACGACCUUGACAGAUGAGAGAAAUGGGCAAAAACAAACAAGAUGAAUUUUAACAGGGAGAAAUGUAAAGUAUUGCACUUGGGCAAAAAAAAUGAGAGGCACAAAUACAAGAUGGGUGACACCUGGCUUGAGAGCAGUACAUGUGAAAAGGAUCUAGGAGUCUUGGUUGACCACAAACUUGACAUGAGCCAACAGUGUGACGUCGCAGCUAAAAAAAGCCAAUGCAAUUCUGGGCUGCAUCAAUAGGAGUAUAGCAUCUAGAUCAAGGGAAGUAAUAGUGCCACUGUAUUCUGCUCUGGUCAGACCUCACCUGGAGUACUGUGUCCAGUUCUGGGCACCACAGUUCAAGAAGGACACUGACAAACUGGAACGUGUCCAGAGGAGGGCAACCAAAAUGGUCAAAGGCCUGGAAACGAUGCCUUAUGAGGAACGGCUAAGGGAGCUGGGCAUGUUUAGCCUGGAGAAGAGGAGGUUAAGGGGUGAUAUGAUAGCCAUGUUCAAAUAUAUAAAAGGAUGUCACAUAGAGGAGGGAGAAAGGUUGUUUUUGCUGCUCCAGAGAAGCGGACACGGAGCAAUGGAUCCAAACUACAAGAAAGAAGUUUCCACCUAAACAUUAGGAAGAACUUCCUGACAGUAAGAGCUGUUCGACAGUGGAAUUUGCUGCCAAGGAGUGUGGUGGAGUCUCCUUCUUUGGAGGUCUUUAAGCAGAGGCUUGACAACCAUAUGUCAGGAGUGCUCUGAUGGUGUUUCCUGCUUGGCAGGGGGUUGGACUCGAUGGCCCUUGUGGUCUCUUCCAACUCUAUGAUUCUAUGAUUCUAUAUGUAACCCGAGGUACCACUGUAGAUCAGUGCUGAUUUCUGACCCACCAUUGCUUAGUAAUGGCAACUACAAAAUGACAACAGCAAACUGAAAAAAUGGCAGCAAAUUGAAAAAAUGGCAGAACUUUGGAGUGAGCUCUGUUCAGUUUUGGCAUUUGAAAUGAAUUCCUCGGUUAGGAAUUCAUUAAUUCCAAGUGCCUCUCUUUGGCAUCUGACUUCCAUUUGGUGAAUCUUGAGUGUCUAAUAAAAAAAUAAAAUAAAGCGAAUUCCACAAGCCUCAAGUCUGCCUGCCUCUGCAACACUGAAUCCCAACCACAAAAAGGCCUGAAGUUCAUAUCUGUAUGCUUUGCACAUAUCCAAGUUUCCACCCCCCUAAUUUUAGUUUUUGUAUAUCAUAUCUGUUGAUGCCUCCUUCUAGUGUGUGGAUGAUGCAGUUUUGGCCGCAUAAAGAGCCUCAGAGAAUAUCUGCUGUUACUAUGCAAGUUACAUGCACUUAAAAAAAGGGGGGGGGGAGAUGAUUUACUUGGAGAACAAUGGCGUCCCUGAUUAACAUUCUCUUGAGCAAGAAAUGUACACAUCUCAUGUUGGCCCAAACUGUCUUUUAAAAUUAAACCACAGUUCAAAAGUUGAGAGGAGCAUUUUUUUAGCAGCUUCUGAAGACCAGUGGUUUCCCCACAAAAUGUGUGUCUUAUUUUCCCCACCAGUAGUUUCACCAGCUCCUAAGUAGGAUAGUAGCUUUGCGCAAUAACAAAGGAUAAUCUCUUCAGGAGACGGGAAGAUCUUCUUAACUUGAUGCAGCCUCCAACUUUAGUGGACUUUGAUUAAGAACAUAAGAGCCUGUUGGAUCAGGCCUGACUGUUAAUGGGGAGGGAACAAAAAACUUUGGAGGUGGACUGGAGUAUGGCAGAAGGGGGCAUGGCUGGCUGGCUGGAACAGCAGUGGCCACGUUUAGACAUUUUGGGAAUAGAGUAAUAUAGGGUAAUAGUGGGUGGUGCUGUGGUCUAAACCACAGAGCCUAGGGCUUGCCGAUCAGAAGGUCAGCGGUUCGAAUCCCUGCAACGGGGUGAGCUCCCGUUGCUCAGUCCCUGCUCCUGCCCACCUAGCAGUUUGAAAGCACGUCAAAGUGCAAGUAGAUAAAUAGGUACUGCUCUGGCGGGAAGGUAAACGGCGUUUCCAUGCGCUGCUCUGGUUCGCCAGAGGCUGCUUAGUCAUGCUAGCCACAUGACCCGAAACGCUGGCUCCCUCAGCCUAUAGAGCGAGAUGAGCGCUGCAACCCCAGAGUCGUCUGCGACUGGACCUAACAGUCAGGGGUCCCUUUACCUUUACCUUUUAAUAUUGAAUGAUAGAAUGAAGUAUGUGAUUGGAGAUUGUUCGGCGAACAUGGCAAUGGAUCAUUAACCAAUGUGAGCAAUCCAAUAAAUAAUAUUAGAAUCGUAGAAUUGUAGAGUUGGAAGGGACCACAAUCGUCAUCUCCUUCAACCCCCUGCAAUGCAGGGAACUUUUGCGCAAAGUGUGUCUCGAACUCACAACCCUGAGAUUAAGGGUUGCAUGCUCUACCAACUGAGCUAUCCUAGCAAUCUAUUUAAUCCCGUUCAAGCACUAUGGACUUUAACACUGCAGAGGAUCACGUUUGCAAAAACGUGGAAGAGUAGCCGAGGAAGAAAAGAAUCAGUUGGAAGUCAUAACAGUAAGAAAGAGGCCCACGGGAACAGAUGGCAGUUGUCAGGUUGACAAUAAUCUGUUUUUUUUUUUAGAAAGGGGAAUUGAUGACCUCUUAUAAAAAAUUAUUGAGAAGCUGGUGACCAUACGGUCCUAAGACAUUGGAUGCUGUGAGUUCAGGUCAGAAGGGGGAGCAUCAUCUUCCUGCUAGCUUCUAUACCUGCUGCUUUUGGCUCGUUUUCUUUCCUCCGGGGAGGAGAAGUGGCUGCUGCUCUGAGCGCUUCGCUUCCUCCUUUCCCAGCGGGGCAGAAGUUGCAGUGGGGCCAGUUGAGCUGCCUUUGCCAGAAACAUGUUUGUGCUGAGAUUUUCCGGACUGAAAAAGUCCCCUGCUGCGGCCGUCCCCGAAGCAGCCGUCACAGAUGCCCUUAGCUGUCACAGUUCUCCGGCAGCCCAGUCCCUGUUCAUUCAUUUAAAUGAAUGAACUUAAAUUCAUUAAGUUUUAGCCUAUUCUGAAAAACAGCAAUAAGAAGAAAAAGGAGAAGAAGAAGAAGAAGAAGAAGAAGAAGAAGAAGAAGAGGAGGAGUUUGGAUUUGAUAUCCCGCUUUAUCACUACCUGAAGGAGUCUCAAAGCAGCCAACAAUCUCCUUUCCCUUCCUCCCCCACAACAAACACUCUGUGAGGUGAGUGGAGCUGAGAGACUUCAGAGAAGUGUGACUGGCCCAAGGUCACCCAGCAGCUGCAUGUGGAGGAGCGGGGAAGCGAACCCGGUUCACCAGAUUAUGAGACUACUGCUCUUAACCACUACACCACACUGGCUCGGUGGGGAGGAGGACAGAAGCACCAGGAUAUCUUCGUUAAGAGAUGGGGGCACCUGUGAAAAUUCAUGGAUGGAAACGAUGGCUGGGGAAAUUAACCUCGAAACAUCGGAAAGGGGCUCAUACUGAGUCAGGCCACUGGUCCAUCCAGCGCAGUGUUGCAUACACUGGCUGGCAGCAUCAGGAUUUCAGACAGUGAAGACCCCUGGCCAUAGCUGGAGAUGCUGUGGUUUGAACCAGGCACCUUCUGCAUGCAAGUCUAGUGCCCCAACCACUGAACCUAUUCCCAUCUCUAGCACACACUGCUGCUAGAAGGGUCCUUUAGGUUGGGGAAGGGCUACAGUGGAUCAUAGCUGUCAACUAUGAUUUGAAAAUAAGGGACCAGCAGCCUCAAAAAUAAGGGAUCAGCAGCCCAAAUAAGGGAUUUUCAGAGCACAGGUAUGUUCAACUUCUGAGCCCCUCCGAGCCAAAGGCAGAAAGCCCAGCUAUCAGCCAAACGAAGCCUCAAGCGGUGGUUCCCACAGUGCAGCAAGGGAAACCACCGUCUCCUCUCCGCUGGGAAGCGCUGAGCAAAGGCAAGUCUCCAGGCAACACAGCCGAUUUGAUUGGCACAAGGCGUGCAAGCUCCACCCCCCAGUCGUUCUUAGACUCCUUAUUGGGUGAACAAUGCAGCCAAGCAACACAAUUGGAGCCUCCAUGGCCGGCAGGGAGGGAGGGAGAGGAGCUGCUUCCUUUGAAACCCGGGAAAUUUAAGGGAGAUCUUCAAUAAGGGACAGCAGCGGGACACGGGGCUGGGAUAAGGGACUUUCUCGCCAAAUAAGGGACGGUUGACAGCUAUGCUGUGGAUGCUCGGGUUGUGAAUGUGAUCCGUGCGGGAGGCACGUUCGCAACCCGCAGCGUUGCGCAUGCGUGGGUUGCGAUUCGGUGAUUCUGUGCAUGCGCAAAGCGCGAUUUAGCGCUUCUGCGCAUGCGCGAGUGCCAAAACCUGGAAGUAACCUGUUCCGGUACUCCCGGGUUUCAGCGAGUCUGUAACCCGAAAAUGCGCAACCUGAAGUGUCUGUAACCCGAGGUAUGACUGUAUAUCUCAGUGGUAGAGCAUCUGUUUUCCCCAUAGAAGGUCGCAGGUUCAAUUCCUGGCAUCGCCAGGUAAGGAUGAAACCAUCCCCUGUCUAAAAUCCCUGAGGACCACUAAAGGGCAGUGUAGACAAAUUGGAUGAAGACAGGACAAUGGCCUUAAAAGGUAAAGGGACCCCUGACCAUUAGGUCCAGUCGUGGGCGACUCUGGGGUUGUGGCGCUCAUCUCUCUUUAUUGGCCGAGGGAGCCGGCGUACAGCUUCCGGGUCAUGGGCCAGCAUGACUAAGCCGCUUCUGGCGAACCAGAGCAGCGCACGGAAACGCCGUUUACCUUCCCGCCCGAGCGGUACCUAUUUAUCUACUUGCACUUUGAUGUGCUUUCCGACCUUCUGAUCGGCAAGCCCUAGGCUCUGUGGUUUAAUCCACAGCGCCACCCGCGUCCCUGCCUUAAAAGGUAGCUGCUUAUUAUUAGGAGCAGACAGGGCUCAUCCACCUGGGAAGGGAGCCCAUCUAGGAGAAGGAAAUCUCUGAUCCUUAACCUCUGCUGCCUUGAGGGACAUCUUCAGGAGAAGAAAAGGCCAUGGAGCAAACCAUGUACCCCUCCUUCUGGUAACUCCUUCAGCCAAGCUGGUGCCAAACAUCUUGCUCCUCUUUCCUUUGGGUCACAUCAGCGAGGCUGAGAAAGGGGUUUUGUUGUCUGGGCAGCCCAGGCUUGUGCCUCGGGGAGUAGGGGAUCAAUUCAGUCCUGCUAAUGCAGCAGUUUGACUUCACCCCCGGAAGUGCACUCCAUUGCAGACGGAUGCCAGCAACUAAUCUGCUUAUGUUCCAUCACCAAGCUGGUGCCCUUCGGAUAUUUUGGCCACGCUGGGAAUUGUCGUCCAAAGCAUGUGAAAGCUACCAGGUUGGCAAUGUUUGAUGCAGAAGCCUCUUCAGCCUGUCAUUUGACACAUGAGACGUGUGACCCACUUCAUUCCCAGAAUUAUCAUUUGUUUUCAAUUUUAAAUUGUUGUAACCUGCCCUGGGACUCGCUGGUGAAGGGUGGGUCAUAAAUUUGAGGAUGAUUUGUUUGCAUGCCCAAAGGAGUCCUACGGAAACUGGGGACUGGGGUGCCAUCUCUUCAGGGUCGCAGAAUGUGGGAACGCCCCACCGGAGUUCUCUCUGCUGGUGUUUCCUCCCUUUUCUGCUAGCAAAAUACUCAAAUGUGUUCUCACCACAAAUUUCCCAGCAACUGCACAUUCCCUGGCUCCUUUCUUGACUCAUUAGGGACAGUUUUCAAGCUGGGGAGAAGACAAUAUACCAUUUCUCUCUCCACCUGCCCAUUUUGGGGGCAUGCACAGGGGCUUUCUUGGUCACAUAUAGAAACAAAACCCCAUUGAUCCUGCAACCAUCCCUCUCAUGCUUUAGAAGAUAGCCACAAGAUUUCUGCCUGUUUCGCCCUCACAACAACCUUACGAGGUGGGUUAGGCUGAGCAAGAGACUGCCUCCUCCCUGUACUUUGGCUUGCCUUUGUUUUAUUGAUUAUAGUUUAGAAAUUAUUUAUUGUAUCUGUUGAGUGGAUUUCUGUUUAACUUUUAUACGUUACAGUCAUACCUCGGGUUGAAGUAGCUUCAAGUUAAGUAUUUUUGGGUUGCGCUCUCCGGCAACUCGGAAGUAACGGAGCACGUUACUUCCGGGUUUCGCCGCUCGGGCAUGCGCAGACACUCAAAAUGAUGUCAUGCACAUGCGUGGAAGUGGCGAAACGCGACCCACGGACACGCAGACGCGCAGUCACGUCUUACGUUUACUUCAGGAUGCGAACGGGGCUCCAGAACGGAUCCCAUUCAUAUCCAGAGGUACCACUGUAUUAUUAUUUAAUACUAUUACUAUGGACAGUAAUACUAAAAGGAAAGGGAGUUCAUGAUGGCUCGGAGUUUGUUAAGAGGGAGAUAGUAAAAGCACAACUUCAGGCAAUACCAAUGAGACGGAAACAUGGAAGGUGCCUAAAGAAGCCAGGGUGGCUAUCUAAAGAACUUUUAACUGAGUUAAGAUUAAAAAAGGAUGUGCACAAAAAAUGGAAAAGGGGGGAAACCACCAAAGAGGAAUUCAAACAAAUAGCCAGCCCAUGUAGACACAAAGUCAGAAAAGCUAAAGCACAGAAUGAACUCAGGCUUGCUAGAGAGGUUAAAAGCAACAAAAAAGGCUUUUAUGGGUAUGUUUGUAGCAAAAGGAAGAACAAAGAAACAGUGGGGUCACUCAGAGGAGAAGAUGGUGAAAUGCAAACAGGGGACACAGAAAGAGCUGAACUCCUCAAUGCCUUCUUUGCCUCAGUCUUCUCCGAUAAAGAAAACAAUGCCCGACCUGAAGAAUUUGGAGCAAAUGAUUCAGCAGAGGAAACACAGCCCAGAAUAACUAAGGAGAUAGUACAAGAAUACUUGGCUAGUUUAGAUGUAUUCAAGUCUCCAGGGCCAGAUGAACUGCAUCCAAGAGUAUUAAAAGAACUGGCAGAUGUGAUCUCAGAACCACUGGCAGUCAUCUUUGAGAAUUCCUGGAGAACAGGCGAAGUCCCGGCAGACUGGAGGAGGGCAAAUGUUGUCCCUAUUUUCAAAAAGGGGAAAGAGAGGACCCAAAUAAUUACCGCCCAGUCAGUCUGACAUCAAUACCAGGGAAGAUUCUGGAGCAGAUCAUUAAGCAAACAGUCUGUGAGCACCUAGAAAGGAAUGCUGUGAUCACCAAUAGUCAGCAUGGAUUUCUGAAAAAUAAGUCAUGUCAGACUAACCUGAUCUCGUUUUUGACAGAAUUACAAGCCUGGUAGAUGAAGGGAAUGCAGUGGAUGUAGCCUACCUUGAUUUCAGCAAGGCAUUUGACAAGGUGCCCCAUGAUAUUCUUGUAAAGAAGCUGGUAAAAUGCAGUCUUGACUAUGCUACCACUCAGUGGAUUUGUAACUGGCUGACUGACCGAACCCAAAGGGUGCUCAUCAAUGGUUCCUCUUCAUCCUGGAGAAGAGUGACUAGUGGGGUGCCACAGGGUUCUGUCUUGGGCCCGGUCUUAUUCAACAUCUUUAUCAACGACUUGGAUGAUGGACUCAAGGGCAUCCUGAUCCAAUUUGCAGAUGACACCAAACUGGGAGGGGUGGCUAACACCCCAGAGGACAGGAUCACACUUCAAAACGACCUUGACAGAUUAGAGAACUGGGCCAAAACAAACAAGAUCAACUUUAACAGGGAGAAAUGUAAAAUAUUGUACUUGGGCAAAAAAAAUGAGAGGCACAAAUACAAGAUGGGUGACACCUGGCUUGAGAGCAGUACAUGUGAAAAGGAUCUAGGAGUCUUGGUUGACCACAAACUUGACAUGAGCCAACAGUGUGAUGCGGCAGCUAAAAAAGCCAAUGCAAUUCUGGGCUGCAUCAAUAGGAGUAUAGCAUCUAGAUCAAGGGAAGUAAUAGUGCCACUGUAUUCUGCUCUGGUCAGACCUCACCUGGAGUACUGUGUCCAGUUCUGGGCACCACAGUUUAAGAAGGACACUGACAAACUGGAACGUGUCCAGAGGAGGGCAACCAAAAUGGUCAAAGGUCUGGAAACGAUGCCUUAUGAGGAACGGCUAAGGGAGCUGGGCAUGUUUAGCCUGGAGAAGAGGAGGUUAAGGGGUGAUAUGAUAGCCAUGUUCAAAUAUAUAAAAGGAUGUCAUAUAGAGGAGGGAGAAAGGUUGUUUUCUGCUGCUCCAGAGAAGCGGACACGGAGCAGUGGAUCCAAACUACAAGAAAGAAGAUUCCACCUAAACAUUAGGAAGAACUUCCUGACAGUAAGAGCUGUUCGACAGUGGAAUUUGCUGCCAAGGAGUGUGGUGGAGUCUCCUUCUUUGGAGGUCUUUAAGCAGAGGCUUGACAACCAUAUGUCAGGAGUGCUCUGAUGGUGUUUCCUGCUUGGCAGGGGGUUGGACUCGAUGGCCCUUGUGGUCUCUUCCAACUCUAUGAUUCUAUGAUUCUAUGAUUCUAUUCUAAUGAUUGUUGAAUGUUACUUUUUUGAUAUAGGUUGCCUAUUUUAAAGUUUUAUUAUCACAUUUUUGUAUUGCAUUAGAUUGUACAUUUUUUGUUUCUUCAGCUUGUAAACGGCCUUGAGUAUUGUAAGAUAGAAAGACGGUAUACAAAUUUAAAAAUGAUGAUGAUGGCCACUCAGGAAGCUGAAACACGGAGCAGGAAUUUGAACCCGGGUCCUCCCCCAGCCCGAUCCAUAUCCGACCCGCAAGCCUGUUACUUUCCACCGUCCAUUUUGCGCUACCAUCUGGCUCUGCUGUCAAAAUAGCUCUGCUCUCUUGGUUUGGCAAUGCAGUUUUGUGUGUGUGUGGUGAAAGGGAUACAAUGACCGUCUGUUAUUUCUCUGGCUUCCCGCAGUUACCUCGUGGGGGAUGAAUUGUGGGUAGUCAUGGAAUAUUUGGCAGGCGGUUCCUUGACAGACGUGGUGACAGAGACCUGCAUGGAUGAAGGGCAGAUUGCCGCCGUGUGCCGGGAGGUAAGGACUUAAACUACGUAUAUAUUUCAUUCCAAAUGGAAGUCCAGGGCUUUGCUGGCGAAUGGGAUGUGCUGCUUGGAGUUCCUGUGUGCGUGAGAGAGAGAUGGAAUUAUUUGAAUUUCCUGGAGUGCCUCCAGACUGUCAGUAUAUUUCGGGAGGGGUGCAAGCUCAUUCCAGGAACUCUAGGCGUGCGCAACUGAAGUAAGUCGAAGUGCUCUGUCGCCCCAGCACAACAAAUCCACUUUUUUCAAAAAAGAAACAAAGUUUUCUAAGUCACAGGGAAACACAAUGCAAAGCAUUGGGAUGAAUGAAAGAUUAACAGGAAGACAUUUAUGCACCCAGCAAGCGGAUCAGGAUGAACGCUGGAUAAAUGUUGCGAUUUAAACAGGUGUCUAAAAAUAGAGCGGUGAUGUUUAGGGGGGUCGUGUUCAAAUCCUGGCACUGCUAGUCAAAAAGAUCAAGUAGCAGCUAAUGGAAAAGACCCUUCUCUGCCUCAGUCCUAGGACAGCUGCUGCCAGUCUGUGAUGGAGGAACCUUUGUCCUCCCCGAAGCAUCAGUCAGCAUGGCCAAAGACCAGCUGCGAAGAGAGUUGUAGUAUACUUGUUUAUUAUUUUAUUUAUUAAAGUUAUAUACCGCCCUUCAUUCGAAGAUCUCGGGGCGGUUCACAAGAUAAAAAUACAGGAUAGAAGCACAAAAUAAAUAGUUGAAAUGAAACAACAAAAACAAAUUUUAAACGCUGUGGAAUAUUAAUCAGCCCAAGGCCUGGUUGAAGAGGAACUUUUUUGCCUAAAGGUGUAUAAUGAAGGCACCAGGCGAACUUCCCUGGGGAAAGCAUUCCACAACCAGGGAGCCACUGCAGAGAAGGCCCCGUUCUCGUGUUGCCACCCUCCGGACCUCUCACGGAGGAGGCACAGAAAGAAGGGCCUCAGAAGAUGAUCUCAGAGUUGGGGGGUGGUUUAUAUGGGGAGAGGCAGUCCUUCCUGUCAUUAUAUGCGCCAGAAUGAAUUUUCCGCAAAAGCAUUCUGUGAGAAGUGACACACAUAUACUUACCUAAUUUCAUUUAUGCACUGCCUUUCCUCAAGGAGCUUGAGCUGGUAUAUGUUGAUCUCUGCCCCCCAUUUUGUCCGCACAACAACCGUGUGAGGUAGGCUAGGCAGAGAGUGAGUGACUGGUCCGAGAUCACCCAGUGAGCUUUGAGGCUGAGUGGGGAUUCGAACCCUGGUCUCCUAGGUCCUAGUCCAGUGCUCUAACCACUACACCAUACUGGCCCGCACAAAACCUCCUUUGUUGUUUGCAGUACUGAUUGUUGCUGCCUGUUUUUUUCUUCUUCCACAGUGUCUCCAGGCAUUGGAAUUCCUCCAUGCCAACCAAGUCAUCCACAGGGACAUCAAAAGUGACAAUAUCUUGCUGGGGAUGGAUGGCUCUGUCAAGCUAAGUAUGUUGACAGGAUGGUUGAGGAGAAUUGUACACCUGGAAUUUCAAAACCACCCUGUUUGUUUUGCUUUGUUGGAUGGCAGUUGGAGGAUGGAUGGCGGGUAACGGAUUGAGGUUGAAUCCUGACAAGACAGAGUCCCCCUGUUUUGGGGGGACAGGAGGCGGGUGGGUGUGGGGGACUCCCUGGUCCUGAAUAGGGCAACUGUGCCCCUGAAGGACCAGGUGAGCAGCCUGGGAGUCAUUUUGGACUCACAGCUGUCCAUGGAGGCGCAGGUUAAUUCUGUGUCCAGGGCGGCUGUCUACCAGCUCUAUCUGGUACGCAGGAUGAGACCCUACCUGCCUGCAGACUGUCUCACCAGAGUGGUGCAUGCUCUAGUUAUCUCCCGCUUGGACUACUGCCAUGCGCUCCAUGUGGGGCUACCUUUGAAGGUGACCCGGAAACUACAACUAAUGCAGAAUGCGGUAGUGAAACUGGUGACUGGGAGCGGCCGCUGGGACCACAUAACAUUGGUCCUGAAAGAUCUGUAUUGGUUCCCAGUACGUUUCCGGGCACAGUUCAAGGUGUUGGUGCUGAUCUUUAAAGCCCUAAAUGGCCUCGGCCCAGUAUACCAUGAAGGAGCAUCUCCACUCCCAUCGUUCAGCCCGGACACUGAGGUCCAGUGCCGAGGGCCUUCUGGCGGUUCCCUCAUUGCGAGAAGUGAGGUUACAGGGAACCAGGCAGAGGGCCUUCUUGGUAGUGGCGCCCGCCCUGUGGAACGCCCUCCCAUCAGAUGUCAAGGAACUAAACAACUAUCUGAUGUUUAGAAGACAUCUGAAGGCAGCCCUGUUUAGGGAAGUUUUUAACGUUUGAUGUUUUAUCGUGUUUUUAAUUUCCUGUCGGGAGCCGCCCAGAGUGGCUGGGGAAACCCAGCCAGAUGGGCGGGGUAUAAAUAAUAAAUGAUGAUGAUGAUGAUGAUGAUGAUGAUGAUGAAGGAGGUGUUCCAGAAGGGAAGGAGCUGUAGCCCUGCUCUGUUUUCCUGCUUCCCCUGGGAUGGCUCAGCCGGUAGAGCGUAAAUAUUAAAGAAGAUAAGACCUUGCAGUCUAAAACUUUGACGCGAAAGCCAAAUUCUGCCCGGGACUCCUCCAAAACAAAGGAAAACUGCUUCUUCUUCUGCUGCUGCUGUUCUUUUUAUAAAUUUCCCUCUUCUCUCCUUCCCCAUCAGCCGAUUUCGGCUUCUGUGCUCAGAUCACUCCCGAGCAAAGCAAGCGCAGCACCAUGGUGGGGACGCCAUAUUGGAUGGCGCCCGAGGUGGUGACGAGGAAAGCCUAUGGGCCCAAAGUGGACAUCUGGUCUCUGGGGAUAAUGGCCAUUGAAAUGAUAGAGGGGGAACCUCCGUACCUCAACGAAAAUCCACUGAGGGUAAGCGUUUUCGUUCUAACUGACUUUCAGCGUCGCUUUUCCUCCAGAAAAGGCUUCCCAGACUCUCUGGCAGUUUGUUUCGGCCAGCUGUCCCACCGGGGAUUAUAAAUGUUUCUCAUUUAUCCAGGGUGGAUAAAAAUCAAUGAUUUUAUAUAUAUAUAUAUAUAUAUAUAUAUGAAUUUUAAAAAAUUUAAAUUGGAUUUUUUUAUUAUUUAAAUUGGAUUUUUCAAAUAAAAUGCUUUUGGAGGAAUUUUUUCUUCUCAAGAUAGUUUUCUGUUUAAUUUACAUUAUAGUCCAAAGGCUAUUCAUCAGGAAAUAAGGAUUUGUUUUAAGUUUUUCAUGUGUGCUAAAACUCAGGUUGUUGUUUUUUUUAAUUUAUUUAACCACAUCACUUAACAAACUUGGAUACAUACACUAUAAUGUUAUUGUUUUAGUUAAAUAAAUUGUUAUUAAGGAAAUGAUUAUUUUCCUCCUUCCAAUAAAGUACAGCAGAAAAGUUUUCCAAAUAUAAACAGUUAACUUAUUAAACCUCACAGUAACUUCAUAAUUAUCUGUCUAUGUAUUUCAAAUAGUAUAACUAAAUCAGUAAUUUUCGAUAUAACUGUAAAAACUGCUCUGAAAAUUUAUUAUUCAAAAAAUGAAACCUUCAUCUGGUUGUAAAUAUUAAGAUGAUAGCAGCAAGAAUGAGCCUUUCUGUGAAAAUAUGAUAUAAAUCAAGUCUUACUGACUGGUGAUUUAAAUCAUGGGUUUAAAUCGAUUUGAUUUGAUUUGGUUUGAUUUGAUUUAAAUCAAAUCCACCCUGCAUUUGUCUGACUUUGCAUUGGUAUCUCUGGUAUUUAUUUAUUAUAUAUAUAUAUAUACCACCUUUUACUUCCGAGGAGCUCAAGGUGCUAAACAUGGUUCUCCUCCCCAUUUCAUCCUCACAACAAACCUGUGAGGUUGGUUAGGCUUAAGAGAUGGUGAAUGCCCCAAGGCCAUGCUGUGAGUUUUAUGGCCUAGUGGGGAUUCGAACCCUGGACUCCAACACUGUAACCCAGGGGUAGGAAACCUAAGGUCCGUGGGCCGAAUCCGGCCCAAUCACCUUCUAAAUCCAGCCCACGGACGGUCCGGGAAUCGGCGUGUUUUUACAUGAGUAGAAUGUGUCCUUUUAUUUAAAAUGCAUCUCUGGGUUAUUUGUGGGGCCUGCCUGGUGUUUUUUUACAUGAGUAGAAUGUGUGCUUUUAUUUAAAAUGCAUCUCUGGGUUAUUUGUGGGGCCUGCCUGGUGUUUUUUUACAUGAGUAGAAUGUGUCCUUUUAUUUAAAAUGCACCUCUGGGUUAUUUGUGGGGCCUGCCUGGUGUUUUUUUACAUGGGUAGAAUAUGUGCUUUUAUUUAAAAUGCAUCUCUGGGUUAUUUGUGGGGCAUAGGAAUUAGUUCAUUUUUUUCCUUCAAAAUAUAGUCCGGCCCCUCACAUGGUCUGAGGGACGGUGGACCGGCCCACGGCUGAAAAAGAUUGCUGACCCCUGCUGUAUCCAUUAUGGCAUAAAAUAAAAUCUCUGAGCUGAGCUCUUUUUUCUUCUUCUUCUCUUCCCGCUUGCCUCUGUCCUCUCUUUUAGGCUUUAUAUCUUAUUGCGACCAAUGGGACCCCCGAGCUGCAGAACCCAGAGAAGCUUUCGCCCAUCUUUAGAGACUUCCUUAAUCGCUGCCUCGAGAUGGAUGUGGAAAAGAGGGGCUCUGCGAAAGAGCUCCUCCAGGUAAACGCAUCAAUUUGGAGAAAGAUUGCUUGUUGUUUAGUCGUGUCUGACUCUUCGUGACCCCCUGGACCAGAGCAUGCCAGGCACUCCUGUCUUCCACUGCCUCCCGCAGUUUGGUCCAACUCAUGCUGGUAGCUUCGAGAACACUGUCCCACCAUCUCGUCCUCUGUCGUCCCCUUCUCCUUGUGCCCUCCAUCUUUCCCAACAUCAGGGUCUUUCCCAGGGAGUCUUCUCUUCUCAUGAGGUGGCCAAAGUCUUGGAGCCUCAGCUUCAGGAUCUGUCCUUCCAGUGAGCACUCAGGGCUGAUUUCCUUCAGGCAUUUAAAGGCAGGAUCGCACCACUUCUAAAGGGACAGAGCCUUUAAACGAAAGAGCCUAGGGCUUGCUGAUCAGAAGGUCAGUGGUUCGAAUCCCCGCUACGGGGUGAGCUCCCGUUGCUCGGUCCCUGCUCCUGCCAGCCUAGCAGUUUGAAAGCACGUCAAAGUGCAAGUAGAUAAAUAGGCACCACUGUGGCGGGAAGGUAAAUGGUGUUUCCGUGCGCUGCUCUGGUUCGCCAGAAGCGGCUUAGUCAUGCUGGCCACAUGACCCGGAAGCUGUGCGCCGGCUCCCUCGGCCAGUAAAGCGAGAUGAGCGCCGCAACCCCAGAGUCGGCCACGACUGGACCUAAUGGUCAGGGGUCCCUUUACCGUUUACUAUCUUUAAUAUCCCCACAACACUGAGCUCAUUGGAUCAAAGCUCUCACCCAGGUCUCAGGCAGCUUCCCACAUGCCAGCCCACCUUUGAAUUUACCGCCAUUGGUUUAUCGCUUGAGCUGGCCGUUCUUCCUUUGCCGAAACCUGUCUCCUUCUUUUCCAGCACCAGUUUCUCAAAAUCGCCAAGCCCCUCUCCAGCCUCACUCCUCUGAUCAUCGCGGCGAAGGAGGCUGCGAAGAACAACCACUGA